CGCGUCACGGCCUGUGUGGCAUGGCUAGAUGUAAGCCGGGCUGAUCAGACAGCGUGCAUUGGAGAGCUCAGUACUGCUAACACUACAAGCAGCAUGGCCGCGUCCAAUAGGCUGGUCCUGGGACCCCUGGUGGGGGCUAUAGAUCAAGGCACAUCAUCCACUCGCUUUCUGGUGAGAGGGCAUGGGGAAUGCAGGCAGGUCAUUUAAAGGGCAGCAUGCCCUGUGAAAGGGCACCAGAGACAAUGCAAGAGCCCAUUGUUUAUGUUAUGUAUGGGAUCAUGUGAGAGCCAUGAAUGUAUGUUAAUAUAGAGAUCAUCACUCUCCCAUACUUGUGUGUGAUUUCCCACCUGCAGUGACACUGAUUUGUAUAGCAUUAUACAUGUCUGUUAGGGCAGUUGAGCCUGUUCCAGUCCCAAACACUAUUGUCUCGUUAGACUGUAGAUUGAGAUCCCUAUUAUACUGAUUUAUGGGAGAGUGACAGCAAGGAUCAUAAAAUUUCACAAUAUGGGCACAUUAGUAUAAUGGAGUGAGCCCAUAUGUAGUAAUAAAAUAAGGUGUAUGUGUUGCAAUGUGUUUAACUUGGCAUUUGCUUUGAUGCCUCUAUCCUCAACAUGCCUGGCAUUUCACUGUAAUUUUCCUAAUAAUGGGCAUGUAAGCUUGGUUAUUUAAAAUCACAAAUGAGAACAUGUAAAGAACAAAUGUAUUUCCCACUUUCUUUUAUCUGUGAUUAAACUGCUGCCCCUUAUUUUACGGUAGUUCGAUCAGUGGUACUAGGUUCGCCUUUAUGACUUUUCAAGAUCCCACUUAUGAAAGUAUCACAUUUGUUCAAUUUUAGGGAUACAGUUAAAUUCUCAGCUGAAUCACUUUACUGUCUUAAGCAAUUUAUGUAGAUUUAUGAUGAAUACCAUUGAUUAGGGAAAAAACCUCUGCUUCUAAGAAAUACUUGGAAGAAUAAUAUACCUCUCCAUAGUCACAGAUUUGCAGCCCUUGAAAUCAAGUGUUUGAUGAAAAGCAAUGAGUUGGGGUAGAACAAGUUGUGUGGUGCCAGUAAGUAUUGUUCUGUGUAUUUGAUAGAAACUCACAUUGAAUGUCAUCGAGAGAAGCGCUGCACAUGGUGUGCUGAACACUUUCUCCUGAAGACCUUUUAGUUUUCAAAUGUCUUGAUGUUUGUCGUCAUCACGCAUAGCAUGAUGACACCAAACAGGGCUAAUGUUUCUCAUGGGGAUGCAAUUGAUCCAGUGCUUCUGAUAGUGAAGCACAGGAUUAGUUGAGCUUGGGGAUUGCUGUGUUUGUGUCAUAGGUCUGUUUGAAAGGCACUGGAUUAGAUCAGAGAUCUUCAGUUCUGAUGGUCUCACUUUGGGAGGAGUGGCUGCUGUGAGAAUUUUAAAGGGAAAAACAUCACCUGACACGUGCUCAUGUAUGCUGGCAAUUGCAGCAAAAUAGUUGAAGGAACACUAUAGGCACUUUAACAACAUCUUCUUAUUGAAGUUGUUAUAGUGCCAUAAAUAUGCUCGUUUGUCCAAGCCUCCAAUUCACUUUACUUCUUUUAUUCUACGGCUUGGAAGUUUGGUGGAUAGCAACACUCUCUAGUGCUCUGAUUCAGAGAGGCGGUAAUUAUACUUCCCAGCUAGUACCAGAGUUGUUGACAUCAGUAGCGUACUGACUAUGUAGGACUUGCAUUCAUUGCUUAUCAAGAAUGAGCAGCUGUAAGUGUAAUGUAUAGUGCAAGAAUUGAGUGGCGAGUUGAGCUGUCCUCUCGCCCCUCGUGAACAUGCUUGCUGUGUGUAUUCACUGCUUCUUAUACGGAAGCAUUGUGUUGUGUGCUUCUCUAUAAGAAGCACUGAAGUGGCGAAUUACCACACAUACACUUUUGGUACUCAGUGCUUCUGUAUGAGAAGUAUUGUAUUGCACUAAUCUCAUCACACUUGAUGACUUCAAAGGUGCGGAAUGCUGUAAUUGGACUGCUGCAAGUCCUGGAAUAAAGGUAAGUAAAUGUUUAGAUGAUGCAAAAAAUAUAAUUAAUAAAAAUGACAUCUAAAAGUUGUUUUUAAAAAAUUUAAAAAGUCGGUAUUGUGUUCAUUUAAUGAUCACUAUUGAGCAUAGACCUGUAAAUCUUUUAGAAUUAGUGCAUUUCCCAAAUAUCCAGACCCUUAUCUCCUAGAUACCAAUUCAUUGUUUGUUUAUAUAAGCAGCUGUUUAUUGAUUUUUAUGGCUAAUACGUAUAUUGCUAAUGAUUGUUCCUGUUUGCGGUGUUAGGCAGUUUCAAGGUUGCUACCCAAUUCUAAAGAUCAACUUGCACUUAUGGCUAUCCAAACAAGUUAUCUUGAAAACAAAACAUACUAUCUGUUUUAUGUGCUGCAAUACUGUAUUUUUCUUGGUUCAAUGAUUUUUCUUCAAUACAGUAUUGUGUAGUCUGUUGUGAUCAUACCAGUACAUCAGAGAACUAGAAACGUAUAGUUUAAAUUUACUAAACUAGGAAUUGCAGAGAAUUGACAAGGGAAUUCCAAAAGAUUCAGAUUGCAAAAGUUAUCCACCUAUUUCUCCAGCUAAGAUUUUUUGAACUUACAUUUCCAAUUCCCUUCCAUUUCUCUGCAGUGCUCAGCUUUAUGAAUAAACUGCCUGUCCCUCUUUCUGUCUCUGUGUGUCUCCUUUCAAUUUCUCUUUACCUGUAAUAUGCUCUUACUGGUCUCUAUCAGUAUACUUCAAGAGCAUGUGUAUUAGAACAGUACAGAUUUUGCAACCUUGAACUAUAUAUAGUACAUACUCCUUCCACACUGGCAAACAUUAAAGGGAGACUAGGGUUAACUGAGAGGUUUUUGUUUUUUCCUGGCCCUUGCAGAUACCCAACAAGGAAUAUUCAGAGAUGGGUAUCGUGUUUGUAUUCUAUCUGUCUCUGUCUAUUUAAUGAUUACUGUUAAAAGGAAGGGGCCAUCUGCAUUCCAGAGUGACCCUUUUAAUGAAGUACACAGGUGUGAUGCUUGCAGUCAGUGUGCCUUUUUAAGUUGAUUACUUCUGUGGAUUAACCUGAAUACAUUAUCCCUUUUUGUUUUCAAAACUAAGAUUAUUUGUUCUGUAAGCAUUUCUGCAGGCGAACUUUGACCCUCUGGUAAAUAUUAGAUAGUGUCUUGUCUGCAGGUUAAAGUUCCAUGUUAAAUGUUAGCUCCAUGUGCACACUAUAGUUUCAGAUAUGUUCUUGCUAAGGAUACACUGCUUUUUUUUACAUAGUCCUACAUAUCCUUCAAAAUGUAUACUGUACCUGUAUAUUUUAAUAAUAUUGAAUCAGGUGGAUGCCAUGUAAUGGCACACUAGAUGCAUCUGUGUGUUAGACUUUGUCUCCUUGGGUCAUAGUUAUUAACGAUUGAGGAAAAAUAAAUUCCAGGAACAUUUUGAGUAUGGACAGUCCAGUAAACGUAUUGUGAAAGCUUUUCAUACCCAGUAUUCAGUACAUUCAUUUAGCCCAUACAUCCCAACUAUACCUCUUUAUGUCUCUCGUUUCUAGGAGUUCCAUAUUGUUGCUGUGUCUGAGUCUAUAACAGAUCUCCACAGCACUAAUAAAUGCAGCAAUGUGUCUUUAAACUACAAUACACGUGUUUAGAAAUCAGUCUGUGUAAAUAAGAUGCAUUGGUCUUGUUCUAAAUUACAUUUUAGUUUUAUAUGUUAUUAGUAAGUCACCUAAAUUUCUCAGAAUGGCCCUGUCCCUGACCAUCCCCCUAAUCACACCUUAGAUUUAAAGUGUCCCUAUUUGGCCAUUUUAAAUGUUGGGAGGUAUGAUUUGCACCUCACAUGAGACAGAGACAAUGUUGGCUGCACUAACUGAGAUUCUCCACUACAGGUUUUUUUUUUUUUUUUUAAAUUUAUAAGACCCUCUUGCUUUCCCCUUAUUUUUGGGGAGUCAGACCACCUCACACAGGAUUACUACUUUUUAAAAACAUUGGUUUUGGUUGAAGUAACCCUUUAAUACUCAAACGGCAAAAUUCAGGCUAAAGAAGCCAGGCUGUGACUCUAGCUGAGAUGGAGAUUUUUUUUUUUUUUUCUUCAAAAUCCAUUACUGUUCCAUUACUACAAUCUUUUCACUUAUACAAAGUGAACAUUGAGGUUUUUAGAGGUCACUUACCUCUACCAUACCCCAAAGCAGGCAUUGACACCACGAAGGGACUAACAUGCCAAUAUAAGGGGUGUGUUAGCCUGGUGGGAACGUAUAAAAAUAUAACGGGAAGAUGAGCUUGAUCGAGCCAUUAAAGGGACACUAUAGUCACCAGAACAACUACAGCUUAUUGAAUUUGUUCUGGUGAGUAGAAUCAUUACCUUCAGGCUUUUUGCUGUAAACACUGUCUUUUCAGAAAAAAUGCAGUGUUUACAUUACAGCCUAAUGAUAACUUCACUUAGAUAGCUGUUAGAGAUCCUUCCUGGGUCAUUGCUGCCUAAAAUGCAUCCAAACAUUCAGUGUCUCCUCCCUCUGCAUGCAGACACUGAACUUUCCUCAUAGAGAUUCAUUGAUUCAAUACAUCUCUAUGAGGAGAUGCUGAUUGGCCAGGGCUGUGUUUGAAUCAUGCUGGCUCUGCCCCUGAUCUGCCUCCUUGUCAGUCUCAGCCAAUCCUAUAGGGAAGCAUUGUGAUUGGAUCAGGCUACCACUUCUGAUGAUGUCAGCACACUGCUUGUUUUUCUGAGUCUUAACAGCAUUCAGAGUUACAGCUUCCAGCUUGUAUACAGUAAUUUUUUUUUUUUUCUAUAUAUAUCUAUCUUUAUGGAGGCAUGAGGGGCCUAUGGGCUAGAUGGUGGUUUUAACACUAUAGGGUCAGGAAUACAUGUUUGUGUUCCUGGCCCUAUAGUGAUCCUUUAAGGACUGCCCGUAUGCAGAGCAUUUCUAAAGUGUUCUGCCCAUGAGUUGGUUACCCUAAGAGCGCUGUGUGCAGUUUCAGCUCAACUAAUGAUUUGCUUGCACUGAGCUUGCCAGGAUUAGUUCGAUGCAAGACACUUGGGAACUAACUCAGGAUGCCUGGGAAACCAAGACUCUUCCACUGUACUCCAUAAACUUGGUAGGAAUGCUAUACAUAUACUGCACAUAUGUUUAUAAAUAAAGACAAUUCCCUGUGCAUUACAUAUACAAUAUUGCUCAUAUUGUAAUCUACUAAAUCCAUGUAUACUCUAUCCUCAGAACCUCAGUGACAUAAAUGGAAAGCAACUUUUAGAACUUAUUAAUUACCAAAAUACAAAAAUUAGACACAGGGGGCAAAUAUGCGACGGUCUUUGGAAAUGUGGAACAGUUGUGUAGUAUGUUUAUUGCUGUGCGAAUGUGUAUAUAUAUUUACAUCACUGUGAGUAAUGCUAUUUGUCAAUACCCAGUUCUGACAUCUGAUAUGAAUAAAACCUAUUUCCUCUAAUAUCUUGGCAAUGUUUACAGCAAUCAUUUCCUUAGUAGUUGGAGAUCAUGCGACAAUGUUUAUGUAAAUUUGAAUUCCCGAUUGACAACUGCAUAUGUCACCAGUCUCCGAUGAUAAUUACAGGGAUUCUAUUAUGCGUACUCUCAUCUUAUGUCCAACAUUCUACACAUUGUUAUAGCCAAGACUUGGUUUAGAUUUAUUUUGUUCUAUUUUAUGAAAUCUACCCCUUUGUGAACAUUGCUGCAGUAUUUUAAGUAACUGUUUAUGGAUUUCCAGAGCUGCAUGACAGUAUUAAAUGGCACACAUUGAACAAAUAGUAAAAGCAUUCACAAAGUACACAAGAUGGAAAUAUUCUGUAUAGCGUUUAUUCCGUAAACAAGAAAGUAAAAUUCUGUAUUUCAUAGAAUACCUAGUUAAAGGAGCAUUCUGAGCAUCAUAACACUACAUCGCUCUGUAGUGGUUAUGGUACUUGGAGUGUCCUUACACCCCACCCCUUUAUGUAUCGUCAAACUGUUUUAGAAUGAUUUGACUUAUUUCCUGGGGUGUGCCAGGCACUACUACUUGCCUAUCAGGAGAGCCAGAAGCUCCUCAAAAAAGUUAAGAUUUCUCUUGGUUUUCUUGAGCAGCGCCAGCUCGUUGGUGGAGAGUGUCAGCUGAUCACUACCAGCCAACGAGAUAAGCAGUGCAACAUCAGGCUUCUGGCUGGUCUGGAGGCUGUAGGGGAGACAGAGAGGCGCCCGGUGAAACCAUGCAAAAUAAAAUGGCUUGACUACUUAAGUUGGGGUGGUGGGUACCAGAUCAUGCAUAGCACCAUAACCACUACAGAGAAUAAAAUCAUAUUUUUCUUUAUUAUAUCAAUUUCUAUUGAAAUCGGGAUUUUUUUUUUUGUAAAAUGGAAAAUUAUUGAUGAACUCUUCACACAAAAUUUCAGCAAAUGGAAUUUUCCAAGGAUCUGGAGUGUUCCUUUAAGCCUUAAAAGAUACGUAGAGGCCAGCACAGUAGCUACUGAAGAUCCAUUUCCUUUUUGUCCUGCAAUUAUUUACGUGUUAGUAUUUUGCAUUGUCUAAUGUAGCUCUAGCAGCCCAUCCCAGAAAAGAAAGGAAACACGUUUUUAAAGGGAAGCUCUCUUAGAGAAGCAUUGAGGGCAAAUCACAAGGCUAAGAUUUUCAAAGAGAUAGGUGGUUUUAUUGAGGUUUAGUUAUGCUUAUUAAAGGCACACUAUAGCAAUCAGGAAUAAAAAUGUGUAUUCCUAAUGCUGGUGCCCUAGUUGUAGUACAGGUACAGGGAUAAAAAGGCAGCACUGGUCUCCAGCAUUCCGCUCCACCUCUUUGGUUGAGAUCGAUUUAUCUUGACCAAUCCAAUGCCUUCCCAUAGGAAUGCAUUGGGAGGCUUGUGUGAAUGCAUACAAUAUGAUAGUCACUAGAGGAAAGUUAACCCUGCAAUGAAAACCUUGCAGUUCCUGCAGAAUGGAAUUGUUUUCAACUGCGUGGUUAAAUUGUUUGGGGGCAGGUGCGGCAAUGCACCCAGACCACUUAAUUGAAAUGAAGUAGUCUGGGUGCCUUUUUGAGUCCCUUUACCGCUGUGUUCGUUCAUGUUAUGUUAUUGGGUAAUUUUUGUCCAUUGAAAAGGAACUUUCUAUACAAAGUUAUUAUUAACUAAAGUUCUUAUCAGGCGUAGCCAGCCAGAGGAUAAGGUUUACUGGAGUUGAGUUGCCUCCCACCAACCUCAGCCAGAAUUGCAAUGAGCUUGGUGGGAGUUGUUUCACAGUUUGAGACCUAUAUUCCCAAAAUAAUAAUUUGGGUGUAUUAAAGGAGCACCGUAGGGUCAGGAACACAAACAUGUAUUUCUGACCGUAUGGGGUUAAAACCACCAUCUAGCCACCCUGUCCCUCUCAUGCCUCCCUAAAAAGAGUAAAAUCUUACUUGUAUUCACGCCUGAAGCUGCUGGCUCUGCCCUGUCUGCCUCAGACCAGCAAGCAGUCUGCUGACAUCAUCAGAAGUGGUAACCUGAUCCAAUCACAGUGCUUCCCAAUAGGAUUGGCUGAGGCAGAUCAGGGGCAGAGCCAGCAUGAUUCAAACACAGCCCUGGCCAAUCAGCAUCUCCUCAUAGAGAUGAAUUGAAUCAAUUAAUCUCUAUGAGGAAAGUUCAGUGUCUGCAUGCAGAGAGAGCAGAUACUGAAUGUUUGGAUGCAUUUUAGGCAGCCAUGACCCAUGAAGGAUCUCUAAUAGCCAUCUGAGGAGUGGCCAGUGAAGUUAUCACUAGGCUGUAAUGUAAACACUGCAUUUUCUCUGAAAAGACAGUGUUUACAGCAAAAAGCCUGGAGGUAAUGAUUCUACUCACAGAACAAAUUCAAUAAGCUGUAGUUGUUCUGGUGAUUAUAGUGUCCCUUUAACUUUUUUUUCCUUUGAUCUCCAUUAGGAGCUUUGACAAUAUGUGUAUAAUUCCCCCAGUUAAGGUUAGCCUGUCUGCUAUGUCUAUAGGUUUUUGCCCAUUCGGAACAUGGCCAUUUAGACUUUAGAGGAUAACUUCAUACGUGUUAAUACUUUAACAUCUCAGAAUUUAUGUAAACUUGAUUUAUUUUUAUUUUUUUUCAGCAUUACAUUUUCCUUGGCUUUCCAGCAAUAUUGUCCAACUGUAUCAAUUUCUAAAUGAUGUGCCUGCUAUCAAAGCAGUCUAAAAUAGUCUUUUUUAGAACAAUUCCAUAGGCGUAACUGAGCAUUUCCAGUGAGCAUCACCUUGUUUUGCUUUAUUUAAUCAUAUAUUUUUCCCACAUACAACAAUCUGGGCUUAAUGCCAGUGAUUGCUUCUAAUUACUGUUCCACACCAACACCAGAGCAAACAUGUAGACCUUUUAAUGGUACCAUAAUGACGUUUCAGGAUUUGAUAUCCUUAAUGGCAUGUUAGUGGCUGUCAUGGCAAGAUAAAGCAAGGUAGUUUUGAUAAGGCCUUUAUUCAGUAUUAAAACUAUUGCUUACUGAAUGCAUUUAUUAUUGAAGCUGAAUGUCCUGUAUGGUAUAAGAGCUUGCAUCUGCAUGUUUCUUUAAACAAAUGGUACAAUUUGUAUGUCCUUAUAGUGCCUCUCUUCCUUUUGCUUAGUGAUUAUUAUUAUUAUUAUUAUUAUUGCCAUUUAUAUAGCGCCAACAGAGUCCGUAGCGAUUUACAAUAUUAUGAGAGGAGGGAUUUAACUAUAAAUAGGACAAUUACAAGAAAACUUACAGGAACGAUAGGUUGAAGAGGACCCUGCUCAAACGAGCUUACAGUCUAUAUAGGAGGUGUCGUAUAAGACACAUUAGUGAUGAGCUUAAAAGGUGAUUGUCACUUUACAAGAUAUUUAAAGGCAUACUGCAUGCACUGUGACUGCUUUAACCUUUGUUGGGAAUAAAGGGGUCACCUAAUCAUUGUCAAAUUGUUUUCCUAACGCUUUUAAUGCUAAAGGAGAAUCCCCUCUGGUCCAUCCUUUCUUUGCUGCUUAUGCUAAUGAGGAAGCGGCAACGAGCAGCUGUGAUUUGGCUGAGAGUGUCAGUUUAUCCUAUCAAGGCACUUAUUCCUGGUAUGAAUUGGAAUGAGCAGAACGAAGUGGGUAAUUUCUGCCUUUGCCAUACGUUCAGUGGGAGCCAGGCAAUCAGAAGCAUUGGGCCCUUAUUUAUUGUUACACUGCUCAAAAGUGGUUUACUACUUGAAGAGAGUGCCAGAAGACUCCAGGCAGUAUAUCCACUUAUAAUUUUAUGAUUUAUAUAGCGCCAUCACAUUCCGUAGCGCUGUACAAUGGGUGGACUAACAGACAUGUAAUUUUAACCAGACAAUUGGACGUACAGGAACAGAGAGGUGGAGGGCCCUGCUCAAUGAGCUUACAUUCUAGAGAGAGUGGGGUAUAGUGACACAAAGGGUAAAAGUAGGGGUACGAAGUAGGUUGUUAGAAAAGUAUUCAUUGAGGGCUUAGUAAGUAAUUUUUGACAGUUGCAAGAGAGGAGUCAUGGGGGUUUGGGGAUAAAACCUGCUAACAGUUGAUGUGCUUUUUUUGAAUGAGUGGAGACUGGGUGAAAAUCUUACAGAGAAGGGAAGGGAGUUCCACAGAAGAGGUGCAGCCCUGGAGAAAUCUUGGAGGCGAGCAUUAGAGGUGGGCGUAUGGACAGAGGAUAUACGUAGGUCUUUGGCAGAGCAUAGGGGCCUCGACGGGACAUACUUGUGUAUUAGGGAGUAUAGGUAGGUUGGAGCAGCAUUAUGUAGGGACUUGUAAGCAAGCACCAGAGUUUUAAAUUGAGCCCUAUAUCUAACUGGAAGCAAAUGCAGGGACUGACACAGUGAGGAGGCGUGGGAGGUGCGAGCGGACAGGAAAAUGAGCCUCGCCGCCGCAUUCAGACAGCAGUGCAAUCUGUGAACAUGUAAGACCAGUGAGAAUGGUAUUGCAGUAGUCAAGGCGAGAGAGAACAAGAGCAUGGACCAGCACCUUAGCCGCAUCUGGGGUUUAAUAGGGGCGGAUGUGCGCUAUGUUUUUGAGAUGGAAGCGACAGGAUUUGGCGAUUGAUUGGACAUGAGGUGUGAAGGAGAGGUUUGAGUCAAAAAGAACACCCAGGAGGGAGGAAAGACCAGAAGUUCUGUUUUGGACAGGUUGAGUUUAAGGAAGUGAGCAGCCAUCCAGUUGGAAAUCGAAGAGAGGCCGUCAGAGACACGAGUCAAAAUGGGCAGAGAGAGAUCAGGAGAGGACAGGUAGAUUUGCGUGUCAUCCACAUAGAAAUGAUAACAGAAGCCAAAGGAGCCGAUGAGUUUACCAAGGGAGGCAGCAUAGAGAACAGUAGGGGACCAAGGACAGAACCUUGAGGCACGCCGACAGAGUGUGGUUGGGGGUGGGAGGCAGAGAAAGAAACACUGAAAGAUCGCUGGGAGAGGUAGGAGGAGCACCAGGAGAGAGCAGUAUCCCGUAGACCAAAAUUACGGAGAAUGCGAAGAAACUGUUGAUGAUCAAGUGUCAAAGGCAGCAGAAAGAUCAAGGAGAAUUAGGAUCGAGUAAUGGCCACGAGAUUUAGCAGCAAUUAAAUCGUUGGGUACUUUAGUCACAGCCGUUUCAACAGAAUAACCAGCGCGGAAUCCAGACUGAAGGGGGUCAAGCGGAGAGUUUGAUUCGAGAAAGUCAGUCAGUCUGGUGUACACAACUCUCUUGAGGAUCUUGGAGGCAAAUGGCAGUAGCGAGAUACGGCGGUAGUUGGAUGGGGAGUUGGGGUCAAGGCUGGGCUUUUUCAGAAUCUGGUUUACAGUGGCAUGUUUGAAGGGUGAGGGAAAUGUGCCAGAGGAAACGGAGAGGUUGAAAAUUUUAGUGAGAGGGAGACAAAAUGCGGAUGAGAUGCGAGGGAAUAGGAUCAAGGGAGCAGAAACCUCUUCUGCUGUAGCAGGUGUGAAUGAGUUUAAAAUGGUGGAGGGAGUUUAGUUGGGUGAUGUAUUGGUAGGGGAAGGAGAGAAAUUAGCGAUCUCUUCUCUGAUUGUAGAGAUCUCAGUGAAGUAAGAUGCAAAGUUUGUGGCGGAAAAGGUGGUAGAAGGAGGGGGAGUAAAAGGGUGAAGUAGAGCAUCAAGUGUGAAAUAGGUGUUUUGGUUGAUGGGACAGUGUACUUAUGAGGGUGUUAAAGUAAUUUACUUUUGCAGCGGUAAAUUACUUUUAUGAGAUGCAAUAAUUAUAGUGUCUACUGUGUCCCUUUUUAAUGUUAUGUUCAUUUAUCAGUCAUGUAUAAGAAAUAAAAUAUAUGAAAAAUAAAAUUAAAUGUAUAUGCACCUGUAUUUACUUCUGAGAAUGAAGUGUCCCUAUCGUGUCUCCCGGUCAGUUACUGUUAUAAGUUCUGCCCUUUGGUUUAGUUUAGCAUGCUCCGGUUUCUACUCCCUUAAUGUAAUGUGUGCUUUGACUGGGCAGGACUAAUCUGCAUUGUGAUGCCAAGUGGCACCUUUUUAAUAAGAAUGUGUAUUAUUUGAAAAAUGUUAUAGGUAAUAUCCAUUGGUGUGUUUUGCAGAAAAGUGACAAAUUACUUUUAAAUAGUAUUUCCUUACUACUAGCCACCCAACUCUACUUGCUGUAAAACAAAAUGAUCAGAUUUCCAACAUAAGUUUAACCCCUUCCCGACCGCAGAUGCAUUGUGUAUGUCCGACAAAAAAGUCCCUUAAUGACGUCCAUGGCAAAAAUCACCCCUACGCUUACCUGGACCGAGUCCACAGCAGUCCCCCUGCAGCAGCUCCAUCAACCACGGCCCUCCAAGGCCAUGUGAUCACCAUGAUCACAUGGCCGCAAUAGCAGUCUAUGGUGCUGCCAGCAGGGGGACUGUCUGAGCUGUCAGGCUGUCUCCCAGACAGCUAAAAAGUUAAAGAAUUAAAUAAAAUAAUAAAAAAUUAUAUAUUUUAUAUUUGUAUAAAAUAAAUGUAAUGCAUUUUGUAAUAUAUUAUUCGUGAAUCCGGAGAUUCAGAAAUGCUAAUUUUCGGGGUAUUACUGUACAUAAUUAUUUGAUUUUUAUUAAUUAUAGUUUAAAGGACCUGCCUGACAACCCAGGCAGACCGUCCAGAGAGUUUAAUUGGCAAGCCCUUUAUUUAACCCCCGUAACUUUCCUAAACACCUUAAAACCUGUACAUGGGGCGUAUUGUUAUAAUCUGGAGACUUCACUGAACGCAAAUAUGAGGUGUUUUUUUUUUUUUUUUUUAAAGUAAAACUUAUCACGACGAUAUCACCAGUAAAAGUGCAGUUUUUGUGUAAAAAAAUAAAUAAAAAUAAAAAUAAACAAAAACAAUAAUGCAAAAACCUAAUAAAAAUGCUAACUUUUGGCCAACAUUUGUGACUAAGUGGCUACUACAAAAUAGUGGAAAUACCCCAGCCAGGGGCGGUGUGGCUAGGGCUGCAUAAACAGAAACAAAGUGAUUUAACUCCUAAAUGACAGUGAAUUGAGCAGUGAAAUUGCAGGGGUUGGGAUUAAGUGGCUAGUAAUAAAGACUGAAUAUACCCCAUUUUGAAUACACUGGGUUGUCUACUUUUACAAAUGGUAUGCCAUGAUGGGGUUAAUUUUCAUUCCUGGGCUGGAAAGUGUUAAAAUACCACCAUUUGAAAUGCCCUUCUUUUCAAAAAUAUAUGGUUUGGGGGUAAAUUUACUUUGGCCGGCUUCAAAAAUGUCCCAAAUAGGGCAUGGGUGCAUGAUGACCAGCUGUGAAAAUUCCAAAUUGGAAAACUGGAAUGUGCACCCUCCAAAUAAGGUCUUUUAGCCCCCAGAGAACCCGGCACACCUUUUCAUGGGUGGUAUCACUAUACUCGGGAGAUGUUGCUGAACACAUAUUGGGUUGUUCUUUGGCAGUAACCCUUAAAGUUCUCAGUACAUGUAGUCUUAAAUUGCCAUGUCUGUCAAAAAAAAUCCCCAAUUUAAAAAAAAAAAAAUCCCCAAUUUUUAAAAAGAAAAAAUUGAAAAUUUUUUUUUAUUUGGCAUAGAUUGGUGGUAAAAUGGUUGCAUGAAAAGAGUCAAAAUACCCCAAGUUUAAUACCUUAGGUUGUCUUCUUUUAAAAUAUAUAUACAUGUGAAGGGUUAUUCAGGGAUUCCUGACAGAUAUCAGUGUUAGAAUAUAACUUUCGUUAAUUUUGGGAAAAAAAGUGCUACUUGUACUUGUUGCCCUAUAACUUGCAAAAAAAAAAAAAAAAAGCUAAGAACUUGUUAACAUUCUGUAUUUCUAAAAUCAGGACAACAUUUUGAAACUAAUGGGUGUUUUUGGGGGUCAAAGUCCGAAAAAAUGUGUGUUUUUAAAAUAGUUUCAUUAUAUAUAAUGGUAUAUUUAGGAAGACCAUUUAAUGAGAGAAAAAUAAUAUAUAUUGUGUGGGUACAGAAAAUGAGUAAGAGGAAAAUUACGGCUAAACACAAACACAGCAGAAAUGUAAAAACAGCUCUGGUCCUUAACGGUAAGAAAAUUGAAAAACGGUCUGGUCACUAAGGGAUUAACAACAUCUUCAGAGGCGAAACUAGAAAUCACAGGGCACUGGUGCAAGAAUCAAAGCAGGGCCCACCUUGUGCUCUCACUGAUACAUUUACUGACACACACUUACUAACAGACAUGCUGCCAUUGAUGCGCGCGCGCACACACACACAUGCUGUUUAACCACCACACAUUCCCAGUGACAAACACACUCACAAAUACACAUACACUGACAGAUGCACACACUCACUGAUUUGACACACACUGAUUUGAAACACACAUGCUCACUCUUUUCACACACACACAUACACAUUCUCUCUCAAACACACACACACACACAUUCACAAACUAAUUUCAUCUAUAGUUGUGUAUAUUCUAUUUUUUUAUUUUUUUUUGAGGCCCACCCAGCCUCCCUACUUUUGGGAGAGCUGGUGUGGGUCCUCCUUUCACUUUAGUCCUGGUGUUCUUUAACUGAUUUAAUCUUCUUGAUCUUCACUGCUCCCUCGUGCGCUGUUUAGUAAUGUCGGAGUGACGUCAUCCGGAGCAUUGCAAUGGUUACAGCUUGUGGGUUCUCUCUACCUCCCCUGUCGGCUGCCGCAUUACAGUGCCAGUGGGUGGGUAGAUCUCUGAUCUCUCUUCCGGUCCAUAAAGGCAUACUCCAACACACCAACAAUAUGAAACUACUAGAAAAGAUGGACAUUAGGUUACAAAAGAGAGACCAUGGGAUUUGUGCCCACAAUAGGGACUAUCCCUACUAAAUAGGGACAGUCGAAAGGUAUGCAUAUGAAUACAUAUGUGAAAUUUCUAAUUAUUCACUACUAUUUACUGAUUUGAUAUUGAAGAUAUGGACGACUUUUUCUAGUUCUAGAUAUAUGCUAUCAUUUGACAAACAAAUUUAAAAGCAAUCUACUUUUUUGUAAGACCUCAAGCAAUAACUAACUUUUUAUUUCCCUUUGUUUUUGUUUUAUUGUAGGUAUUCAAUGCAAAAACAGCAGAACUUCUUAGUCAUCAUCAAGUUGAGAUAAAACAGAAGUUCCCUAAAGAAGGGUAAGAAAUAAAGAAUUAAGCUUUUUACUUUUAACGAAGCACAUUAUUUGGCAAAUAAGCAAAUUAAAAAAACUUCAACUGUCUUAUGUUCAUAUUGUAUCCUUGUAUAUACAAGUUAAAGCUUUUAGUUACUGUUAACAAGCGCUGAUUUUAAAUAUAUCUCUUUUCUCUGGUUAAAAAAAAAAACAACAAAAAACAUUAAAGAGCUCUUAAUAUAAUUUUGCAAAUUCCAAGAAUAAUUCUGCUCCUGUUUUUUUUUUUUUUUUUCCAAAGUGAUAUUUUAUUGUAUUUUAAAACAAGUUAUUGGGGUAUGGAAACGUGAAAAUCGGGAGAUUAGUCAAAGGGGUAAAGGUACAUAUUAAGCAUCUGUGGCCACAGCUUUUCAUACAGCAUGGUAAUAAACAUGCACUAGGACAUCAGUAGCACAACAUUAGGCCGUUCUCCCUGAAGCCGAUCUCUGGCUACAUCUUCGUGGCCCGGUCACUAUGACCAUGCCUUGGUUUUCCGCUAACACACACACUGCAGUAUACUGCCCUGCUCAGUUGUGUGUAUUUUUUUUUUUUUUUUUUUGAUUGUGGGGGGUCAAUAUAGGACUAAAUGCAGGGUGUAUGCCUGCAUCUAUUAUCUUUGUAGUAAUUGGUGGGCUUUUGGGAGUACCCUUUGUAUGCUGCACUGUUUGUAAACUGUAAAAAUCUCGUAAAGCUUUCUAGCGACCUGCAGCCCUGUGGACAGUGAGUUGAUAGGUUAGUGGUGGGGUGUACACGGGGAAUACAGCUAUAUACUGUGUGGGUACAAUGUAGGUAACUCUCAUUAGGACUACCUCCUCCUUCUAUGGUGCUAUUAAUUUGCGAAUACGUCGUAAAGCCAGCUCAAGAGCAUGUUCUUGACCAUUUCGUAACCCCUUUAAUACAAGUAGUUUGCAAGAAAGCUAAACAGAAUCUGAGAAUUUUAGAAUAAAUAGCAUGUAACAUAGCUUUAUAGAAUUUCCCCCCCACAUAUUUUUUUUUCUUUUUCAAAUUGAAUUGUAUAUAAAAUAAUUUUACCUUUGCUGACUACAGCAUUAUGUGUGUAUGUAUAUGUAUAUAUAUGUGUGUGUGUGUGUGUGUGUGUGUAUAUAUAUAUAUAUAUAUAUAUAUCUCCCAUUUGCACUCCGUUCUAAGGUGUGUGUGUAUGUGCAAUAUAUCCAGUGAUAUAGAUAUAGUUAAAUAUCUAGAUAUAUAUUAGUGUUUGUAUGUUGCCACAUUACCAUGAAUUUGGCCAUACCAUAUUACCCUCACACUGCAGCCAUGUUUUCUCUAUGGACACGCACACACUGAUACACAAACGCAUUUGUACACUUUGAUACAAACAAGUAUGUGUAUGUCUGGCAUUUUCUAACCAUGUAUGUACUUGAGAGUGUCUGACAGAUAGUGUCCUUGUGCAUCUGUGAGUGUAUCUCCGUGUCUGGAUUGUAUAUCUGUGCCUGUGCGUUUUCAGUAUAUCUCUCUGUCUGGGAGCAAAUGAGUGUGGGGGGAGCUGCUUGCAGUGUGUCUUGGCUACGGUGGAGGCUGCUUGUGGUUUUGAAGUGUGCGUUGUGGUUAUGGCAAGAUUGUGCGUAAGCGAUGACUGUGCCUCUCUGAUAGUGGGGGGGCUACGUGUGCGAGGUGCCUGUGUUUCUUUGUCCAGCUCUACACUGUUCAGUGUGUGUGUGUGUGUGUGUGUGUUUUUUUUUUUUUUGCAAUAGCCCUCCUCUUACUUACUUUCUAUGCAAGCAGGGAGGCUCUAAUCUUGAUUCCCUGGGCGUCCAGUGGGCUCCCUUGUGGUCUUCCAGGCAGGUCUGCACCUCUUGCUCAGUGCAGAUUCCUCUGAAUACUCCCUUCCAGUGCCUGACCAGUGGGAAGCAUUAGUGGCUAUCUGCACCCAACCGGAGGUGCAGAUCUGCAUUGAGAGCAGGGACAGUUAGGGAGAUCUGUUUCUGUAGAGAAGUCGGUACUAUAACUGUGACUCUGGGCCGCUAUUGCAAUUGAAAUACAUUUGCAAUAAAUUAAUUUAAUUUGCAAUAGUUAAAAUAGUGUAUACACAAUUGUGGGGCAUACCCUGGCAAUCAUGUAUGCAUGAGUGUAACUGUGAGGGGUUAAGUAGCACUUUGCUGUUUUCUCUUUUUAAAAUGUUUUAAACUCUAGUCAUCCCAGAAAUAUUAUUGUUGCAUAUUGCGUACCAGGCACAAAGCAAUCCAGAAGAGGACAGGGAGUGUACAAAUUAGAACUAAACCUACUAGUUUCCCUUAAAAAAUUGUGCUGUUUUACAUAUGCCAUAAUUAUGUCUUUCUCUACUGUCAUUAUUGUACUUGCCCAUGCUGUCGUGGCUGUGCAAGUUCUUUUGUUAUAACAUGCACAACAUAAAUAAAGAAUUAUAAACAAAUUAGAACUAAUAUAUAAACCUAUAAAGUGACAUAGAGGGCCAAUCUGUUAAUGCUGAUGUUCUAUAGGGGAGUGCAGUUCCAUUUACGUUUAAGUUCCCUGGCUGUGCUUUUUCGGAGGGCAGCUGUGAUGUUGAAGACAUUCUAGGAAUUUAAAUGAAUAUAAAAAGUGGAAAGUGUAAAUCACCUCUUAUCAUAGGGUCUCUAACUUCAAAGUCAAUUAUUCGAAAAGCGUAAUCCUACCCCUAGUCAUCACCAGCACCACCAAAACCUCCCUUGGAAACUCCUUCCCGUUCCUCUGGGCGUCCAAGGAUGUCAAAUACCUGGGAGUACACCUACCAACUCACCUCACAGACUUAUACUAUUUAAACUUCCCGCCCCUGCUACAGACUAUCUCUCGUGACCUGACCAAAUGGCACAAACCGCACUUCGGGUGGCUUUGCCGCAUCAAUAUUAUCAAAAUGAAUGUCCUCCCCAAACUUCUAUACCUUCUACAAACCCUCCCCAUUACACUACCGGCAUCCUUCUACACCGACAUUAAGAAAACCUUCACCCGCUUUAUAUGGUCGCACUCCCCCCCUAGGCUCACAUAUAACACUCUUACAAACAACAAACUCCAAGGAGGCCUAGGCCUCCCAGAUGUAGAACUGUACUACAAAGCUACAAUGCUCCAUAGGGUCUAUGAAUGGACCAUCCCCAACAAUCCCAAACACUGGGUGCACCUUGAAACAUCUGCCUUUCAACAACCCCUCUUCACAAUCCCGUGGCAACAAACAGGAAAAACCUCACUCCUGCAAGCCCACGCAAAACAUCCCACAAUCAUACCCACCCUUAGAGUGUGGUCGCAAAUAAGAGAUAAAUUGGGCAUAUCCCCUCACCCGUCUCCCCUAUACCCAUUGACUUACAACCUUAAAUUCCCCCCGGGCCUCUCCUCCUUUACUGCGUUCCCACACACCCACUACCUUCAAUUGGGAACCCUACUAGAUGACCAAGGAAUUAAACCACCCAACGCAAUCUGGGGAGAUACACAACCCACGACCCUACAACAAUUCCGUCACUCUCAACUCACCCACUUCCUAUCAACCACCCCCAAUAUUCUCCAAGGACACCAGCAACUCACCCCAUUUGAACAACACUGUGUUUCCAGUGAUAUCAAAACGAAGCACCUCUCAAUCCUAUACAAAUUACUGCAAACGGAAAUACCGCCCACCCUACCCAAAUACGCAAAAUCCUGGGAAUCCGAGCUCAACCUCUCCCUAACGCAAACAGACUGGAGACACAUAUUCUCCAACGUACACAAGACAAGCGUGAGCACACACACACAGGAAGGGAACUUUAAACGACUAUCCAGGUGGCACCUCACCUCCUCCAAAAUAAACACAAUCUUCCCAAACGCCUCUGCGCAGUGUUGGAGAUGUCCCCACCCUCGGGGAACCCCAAGCCACAUAUGGUGGUCUUGUCCAGUCAUCUGUACCUACUGGUCCAAAAUCAUUAAGAUGAUCCACACCAUCACCAAUGUUCAACUGCCCCAAUCCCCAGAAAUUGCACUCUUCCUCCUCCUCCCACCAUCGGUUCCCAAGAACAUAAGAUCCCUAACCACACACCUACUCACAGCUGCAAACGCUCUCAUCCCUAGCCACUGGAAAAAACCCGAGGCACCCACUAUCCGAACAUGGAUCAAUAAGGUUAACUCCAUAUGCCUUUUAGAGGAAAUACAUUACUCCAGCCCUUGGCUACACUUCCUAAAUGCUGACUAGACCUCCAGAAAACCAACUCCUAACCAACCUAAGAUGUCCCUCCACCCUCCCCGCCCCCCCCCAUGCCGAUCCUUGGACCUGUUAUUCCCCGAAUUUUCUGUUCUCAUGACUACGAUUGACAACCAUCACCAUGGGAUUCCUGCUACUGAGCUCACUCAGUGUAAAAUGUUUACUUGUCAUACCGUUCACUCUCACCACCUCAUCCCCCAAGCUACUACCUGACAGAAUGUCUGUCCACCCUGACUGUUUAGAUUAUCCCAAUAUUGUUUAUCCCAUGUAUAACUAUGCAAAAUACAUGCUCUGUAGCACUUUUUUUUUCGAAAUAAAAAUUAAAAAAAAAAAAAAAAAGUGGAAAGUGUUUAUAUUAUUCUAUAUAUUAUAUAGUUCUUGAAGUCUCUUUUUUAAUUUGAAGACUGCAAAAAUACUAAUAUUUCAAAGAUGCUGGAGCUACUAUACAGAACAGUGACCUAAAUGCUGGCCUUGAAUCAGACUAGAAGAAUGAUUGUCCAGUAAACUGUGAACUAGUGGCACACUGACGUUCAUACAGGCCCUGUCUAGCAGGUUUAUUUAUAAAACCAGUUCUAUGUAAGGCAAAGGUAUAGACUGACAAUUGAUUGCAGUGUGAACGGUAAAGAUAGAGCUCAACAUAUGCCUUCAGGAAAGAAUGUCAUUGUGUGCCAGAAUCCCUGUCAAAUUUCAUGACAAUGCAUGUGUUAUUUACACUGAUAUUAAUUGUUGUUUGCUCAAGUGAUGCAUUGCCUCAGAUGAGAAUACAUUUUUCUUAGUCUGUAUAGGGUCAACAAGGGAUUUCUGUGAACCACAUCAAGAUCGUUGCUUUUGCCAAAGAAAAACAGGAAAAUCAAAUCUGUUUCUCUUACUUGUCUAAAAUGGUUUAUCAUGACUCUGUACAUGAGCACGCUUGUCAUUCACAUAACAUUGUACAUGAAGGAAAACUCUAUGGCUUUAAGUAUAUGUAUAACAGGGUGUCCAAAGGAAAAAAUGUCAGUCUUAGAGUGUCUCCUGUAUUCCACGGAUUAGAACUACAACACCAUCGUUACAAUGGAUUAAAUUCAUCAUUGAAAUGGAGUAAGUACCCUGGCCUUAUUCCCUGGUAAUGGGGCAUAUCGUUUAGAAACAGUGUGCCCUCUUACCUGUGUCUUGCCAGGCUCCUUGUAUUCUCUGAAGCAGCACUUAUGACAUCCGGCUUCUGCCGAGCUGCAGAAACAGGAUUCCGAUCCUGCCAGCUAUUUAAUGGCUGAGAAUCAGCUGGCUGCUUUCAUUCAGUGAUUGCAAUUCUUUGUUCAGAAUUGUAGAUUAUGCUAGCUUUAGUGUACCUAUAAUCUUAAUUUUAUUAAGGACAGGAGGUGAGUAUUUGCUUAAGUCUCUCUUUACUAGAACUCCACAGCAGCACAGAAAAAAACCAAUCAGAAAAAAGUUAGGUACUAUAAAACUCCCCUCCCCAUACAUCAUUUCCUCUUUCAAGCUGCGAUAAUACAGAACAAAAGGCAGAAAAUACAAUGGGGAAGAAACAAAGUCCUUGAUACAAUGAAUACAACAAUGUCCACCAUCCGAGAGGAACUGCCAAACCAGAUAGCGUUGACAGACUGUAAACUGAAACAAGAAAAAACAGAAUUGAACGGGUUGGUUAGCCAAUGAAAUGUACUCUGAACAAACAUGUGGGUACCCAAUGUAGUAACCAAAAUACCCUAAUAUGUAGAUAUUCCAACCCUACUAUGAAAAUUUAACAUAAGAACAAGUGACAGGUAGCAGAGACAACAAGCAGAGUUAAAUACGUAACUGAUGAACCCAAACUAUAAAAUGAAACAAGGGAGGGAUAAGAAAGGGUGGGAAAUACUCGCCUCCUGUCCUUAAUAAAAUUAAGAUUAUAGGUACACUAAAGCUAGCAUAAUCUACAAUUUUAUAACCUGACAGGAGGCUUCGUAUUUGCUGUUUUAACGCUCAGUCAACAAAUCCAACGCUGUUUGUUUCGCUGGUACGUAUUCAGGGAGAUAACUAGAACAAUCCCCAAUAAACCCUCCAACUGCGAGAAGUGACCGUAGACUGAUCAAUCAAGAUGCCAGCUGUCGAUAUACCCCGGAAUACGGGAAAAACUCCAUCCGCUGUUAGAUCCCCUGUACGUGGGUUACGACCUGUUUCCUACCAGACGUCCAUGAACUGCCAAGUUGAUCUAUUAGCCAUUUCCCUGUAGGUGUAAAACACUGAGGGUUAUCCGUGGAUUUAGGAUCGCAAGAAAACUCGACCUUGGAUGUGGAAGAUGGUUUCUUCGAUCGUGCCGGAAUAACCAGGUGAUGUGGUCUUGUAGACAAAUUUCCAACCUCAGGUGAUGCGUCUGAGUCUACCACCAUUCCAUAACCGAACCGAAUAGUCUUAUCGUUCCCUCAUGACUUACCGGGUGAGUGGUCUUGUCCGAGAAUGAACCUAUUAUGCCGGCAAGAGUGUUUCCAGAACACCAAAUUCCAUGCCCGACCUGUCAAAGUUCAUGGAGGAACUCCUGGUCGGCACGCCACCUUCAAGAUAGGGUAUAAUAUAGUGAGACCUUAGGUCCCUGUUUCCCUGACUGUCCGGGUACGUAUCACCACAAGUAGGCCCUAGGCCAAGGGACCCAGGGAUGCGAAUUCGAGAACUGAGCUAUAGGAAUACCUCCCUUCUUAGCCUGGAGUCCCGCGAACUCGUAGCGUUCUUAAAAAUGCAGGUAAGACCUAAAGUCCCGUCACUAACGACAGAUGACUCCAGAGAACAGAUAUAGCGAACAAACAAGGUCCUAGCUUCAACCGACUGAAGCAGGGGCAGUCCAGUUUGGAAACGUCGGCAGUCAUAUCCUAGCCUGCUACAGAUCCUGAGCAUUACUCCAGCUGUAGGUUGCAUCUCUAUUUUUUUUUUAUUUAUUUUUUUAUGUCUGUGUAGGAGUUGGUGUGCCAGGGUUCCACCCUAUAGAGUCCAAGCAGGUCUCCUUGAUGGUAGAUGAAUAGGUGGGUUAGUGGAAACCCACAACCAAGACGGUUCCCGUGAGGGAUAAAAGCAUAGGAGCGUCCUCCAUAACGGAAUCAUGUUCUCAGAGGAGCAGAGGUAGUCCUUUCAUCUAUCCCAAGAUUGUUAAUGACCAGGGAACCCAAAGUCGACCAAAGAUUCCGUGCUUUCCAUGCGAUCUAUGCGUACGAUGUGCCUGCAGCCCGGGUAGUGGGCCUUCCCCGGUCUUGUCACCCGAGUAAGGCAGUGCCAGUUUGCUCUAUGAAGGCCUCAGGAUCUCAUGUCCCUUGACAUGGGUAAAAACAGUCUGAAACGUUUGUACGCAAUGGUCUGUAUAACAUAUCCAGUCUAAACAUUUAUAACCUGCACGAUCAGGUAGCCCACUAUAACGAUGUCCGUAGCACGGACGUUAGAUCAAAUGGAGGGGUUCUCAUCCCUUACACAGUCGCUAUGAAGUAUCAUCUCCCUUGCAUACCGGUGAGGUACUACACUCCUAUACAAGAGCUGAAACAUCAGUGGUAAACCCGGUGGCCCGUACCUCCAUCUUGAAUUGAAUGUAUAAGGGACGCCCCUCUAUACAGACAUCGUUGUCCUGUACAGGUACUAGCCUGUGUGAUGAACAAGGGGAAGGCACCGUAGUGCGUGAGUGUAUUAGAGAGAGCCGCACUCUCUAAUAAUGUACACAAACUCUGACCGCAUCAGGCUGAUAGCAGGAGCGGGCCAAACCCGUCAAUAACAAAAAGUGUCUACCUCCAUGUGCGGUUCCUUCUAUGAGAGUGGGCCACACUCAGAAAUGUCUCCUGUAUCCAUCCCAGUAUCGAACUGAGGUUGGAGGAGGGCCGCACCCUCUAAUAACGGAUCAGGGUCCGGUUCAGUAGAUGAGAAGGGUUUGUUCUCUACUCGUGUAAAUAAAUAUCAGUCUAGGGCUGAGGCGAUGGAGGGCCGCACCCUCUUGGAAUCUAGAGUCCAUUUCAGGCUCAGGGUGACCCUGCAGGGUUCCCCAUUUAGUAAUAUCACUGUAGGACUGAGGUCUUGAGGGGGUCCCUCUCUGACCACAAGACCUCCCUCUGAAUCAUUCACCUGAGAGGUGGGAUCAACUGGUAAUAAACCAGACCAAUGGUAGCUGGAGUAGUAUACGACCUCGGGCCGUGCUCUUCUUUAGUAACAGAAAGGGGUGUUGAGAGAAUGCAACCUCUGGAAUAAUGAUAAUCUACCAACGGACCGCCUGGAGCCUGUGUGUGUGUGUGUGUGUGCGCGCGAUCCCGGAUGACCGUCGGUAGUCUGAAGAAAGCUGGAGACGUUCUGCGCGAUCCACAAGAGGUCGGAGGAGGCAGAGUCAGGUCUCUCGGCGACCCGAGCGAGAGGAAAAUUGGCCAGGAGCUAAACAUGAAGCAGGAAUAACUACCAAUACCCAAGAUGGGUAUCGGAAAGUCAGCUAAACGUCUGAGCACUGGUCCCUGCAUGUGCGAAAUUCUUCUUGGAGAUGUGCCGCCGCCGGGCUGGCGUAAACCGUGGUUGCACGCCCGGGGAUUUCCAUAAAAGCCUUGCCCCUAGUGCGUGAGGUUUAGGGCCUUCCCCCUUCCAAUCACACUGAGUUGCCCGUAUUCUGGUGUCCAUUUAGUUAGUAUGGUAGCAGUGUUUGCCUGGACACCCACCUAUCUCCAUGUCAAUAGUGGGAACUGGGUUUUCCUCCGUGAUAUUCCCCCAGGCCUGCGGUCAAAAGGGGUUCGGACACGGACAUAGCAGGCCAAUCAGUGGGGCACAGACAUAGCUGGUCAGUCACCUGUGCUGUAUUAGCACAGCAGCAAGGGUCACUGUGUGGGUAGCACCCUUAUGUAAAUUAAUAUCCUGGGGGGAACUCGGGAGAGAGGUCCAAUAUAAACACCUUUCUAUAGUUAGCACUGUAUACUUUAUUGCUGUAGUGUAGUGAUAAUUGCAACCCCCAUGGCAAAAACUCUGAAGUAUAAGAAAAAAAUGCAUUCAGAGGUAUGUGUACAUAUAAACACUGUAGCAGGGGUGAAGGGGACCCACAGACCGCCAGAAGGCUCAGGCCACGGUCCGGAGUAGUCCCUUACUCCCAGGGGGGAGAAGCCCCUUGUAUCCACCUCCCACCGAACCGGGUACAGACGGGAGAGGGACGUGAGCGAGCGCACCCUCCUCCAGCCGGUCGGACACACGUGAUCCGACUAGAGAGCCGGUCACGGUGAGCGGCCAUGUGGUAGGAGCUCCGGCCUCCGGGUACUGCGCUCGGUCGCAAACACCCCGCGACCGUCAGAAGACACACGGAAAGCAAUACUCUGGACCGCUGGAGGCUGAUCCCAGCGCUCUGGGGGGAUCGGGGAGGCAGAGCACAGUCGGCCUCCUGAAGCCCCUGAGCAACACACGGUCUGCUAGGAGUAAUCGGGGAUAGAAGGGAAAAAAAAGGACAGAAUGAAAUCUAGGGAUAGACAGGGGAAAACCCCAGAAAUAAAAGUAAAGGGUCACAAGAUGGCCCAACGGGGAGUAAAGUCUAGGCAAUCAAGGGUAAUAGCAUAAAGCCAUACAAUAACAAAUCCCCAGCAAUACAACUACAUAUAAAACACUGUAAAAGAUAAAUAAAUCCCCAGAUAUAUAAUAUAAUAUAAUAUAAUAAACACUGUAAAUAAACAAAUCAAUCCCAAAGCCACCUACUAAUAGCAGGAGGUAGUGGUACUCUGACCUGUACUGAUGCGGAGCAACAAAGAAAAAUGAAAUUAUGUAUGGGGAGGGGAGUUUUAUAGUACUUAACUUUUUUUUCUGAUUGGUUGUUUUUCUGUGCUGCUGUGGGGUUCUAGUAAAGAGAGACUUAAGCAAAUACGAAGCCUUGUGUCAUGUUAUAAAAUUGACAUUAGCCACCCCGAAACUAGAGUGACACUACCAGAGGUGGAGUUACACCCUUGGCAGCAGAGGGGUUAUCUCCAUAUGAGCAGCAUUUAAUAGUAGAUGUUUGCACAUACAUACUCCAGGUACCAUGACCACUUCAAGUCACUGUAGUAAUGGUGCAGUAACUUUUUAAGUUUUUCACUAACAAGGGUCCCAAGUUUUCAUAAGAAACCAUUAUUAUUAUUAUUUUAAUUUAUUUCAGUCUGUACAGAGCUUAAAUGGAUAGUCUUAGAAGCUACGGUGCCCCUUAGUUCCUUCUAGUUGUCUCCCAAUUCCUAGAAAAAGUUCUGAGACAAAGAAACCUAUUGUAAAGGGGCUUUAUGGAACACAUACAGUAUACUGAAAGCUGUAUUAAAAUUUCCCAUAAACUUGUUUUGCUAAAAGCAAAGGGAGAACCAAAGGAGAGAACUCAGAAGGGUGUUUGCUCCAAAUAAGAGUCAAAUGUAUUUCAUUCCUAUCUCUGCAGAUGUUCAAGGGGCUUCCAAUGCCUUAUUUUUUAUGCAAAAUGUGAUUUUAUUUAUUUAUAUACUUGUUUUUCUUUUUCACAUCUUUUAUCCAAAUCAUAUGUGUUCUAAUUUAUCUACUUUGUCCUUUUGAUCAGGUGGGUGGAACAAGAUCCAAAGGAAAUUUUGCAGUCUGUUUAUGAAUGUGUAGAAAAGACAUGUGAGAAGCUAAAUCAGCUUACCAUCGAUAUCACCAAUAUUAAAGGUAUUUACCCUGAUCCCUAAUUGUAUUUUACGUCUCCUUCCCUUCUCUGAUGUUGUUUCAUAUCCUUCUUGGUCUGCCUUAUACAAAGUUUGUGAUAACCAGGAUAUAUAUAAUCUUAACAUAUAUGUUUAUCUCUAGCUAUAAAGAUUAAUCUUGAAAAGAACCAGGAGGGUUGAAAUGUCGAUUUCACAUUAUACAUUUGAAAAAAAAAAACCCAUGGAGUGCUCUUUCAUUUACCUUGUGUUGAGGGGAGAGGAAAGAGAGGAGGGAUGGGUCCUACAGCCGCUCCUUUUUUAUUUUUUUUAAUUUUUUUAUAGCAAAUGGCUAGACUCCGAUGUUUUUGCAUGUAAUGUCUUCUUAAAUUAGGGAAUAGUUGAGAAUUUUUCCUUCUAGAACAGGGGUUCUCAACCCAGUCCUCAGGACCCCCUACCAGUCCAGGAUUUGGCGAUUACCUGGGUGUGUCUCAGGUGUUUCGAAAAAUUGAAAAAAACACCUUAGACUCUAAGGUGUUUUUUCUUUCUUUUUCUAAACACCUUAGACACACCCAGGUAAUCCCCAAAUCCUGGACUGGUAGGUGGUCCUGAGGACUAACGUUGAGAACCCCUGUUCUAGAUGUUUCUGAUAUAGUGGAAGAGGUUUUUGUACACACUAAAAACCUUUAUUUCUGCUCUUGGCAGUGCUAGUCUUAUAAUGCUUUCCUUAUAAUAUAAGCAUUCCUCUCCAUAACAGGGAAUGGAAUGGAUGGUCCCUCUGCUGACAUAGGAGAAGAGGUUGCUCAAAUUGAGUAAGAAGAGUUUGCUUUGUGGUAGAGCCUGCCUCUGGUUUCAGUGUAGGAGAUCAAAAAUAAAUGGUGGCGCCCUGAAGAACAAUUUACCUGUUACAGUUGUUUCUCAAGGUCUAUAAAAUAAGAGAAGAAAAAAAUGUUGCAUUGUAUUUAAAUACACCCAAGGAAUGUGUAUAACAUGUAAUCACACACUCACAUUUACUCAAGGCAAUAAAGACCUCUGAUACUUUAAGAAGUAGCGCCUAACCUCACUAGACCAGCGUUAAUAGAAUAUCAAAAAAUAAGCUCUAUCCAAAAUCAUAUAUAAGCAGAAAGAGAAUUCUAUAAAUAGAGUAAUACUGUAACAUUAUUAUAUAUUCUUAUUAAUCUUUGUUUCAUAUGUUUGCUUUAUAAAUUGUAUGUAAUAAUCUGAAUACAAGGAAAAAGUAGAGAAUGGUGUUCGCUGUGCUGUACGCUUGGAGAUCGAAAAAUAUAUUUUGAAAAGUCUUAUCAAAGUGCCAUAAAUCUAUUUAUUGGCAAGUUAAUCGUACCAAAAAAGUGCCUUGGCUUCCAGACAAUGUUUUCCAACUUUAAAUCUUUACUGGUCUGCAAGAGGAUCAUGAAUUAAUUUUUUUUAUUUAUUUAUUAUUUUUUUUUUUUUUACCUUAACAAAAAUAAUUAAUGAUGUUACUUGUUUUAUUAGCAAUUGGAGUCAGUAAUCAAAGAGAAACAACAGUUGUGUGGGACAGGACGACAGGAGAGCCUUUAUACAAUGCUAUCGGUAAGUUUAGUUGCUUUUUAUCAUUACCAUGAACGUAUGGGAAAUAUAUAGGAUUGGUUACAUUUGCAGAAUGAUUGCUGUUUAAAUAAAAUGUUAAAAGAAUAUAUAGGCUUGUUCUUAUACCAUAUAGAUCAAUGUGAAUUGUGAUGCUAAAACUAAAGAUACAGGAGUGCACUAAACUAUGAAUAAACCCCCAUAAUUUGGUUCCCAUUCAUUACAAAGAGAAACUGGAAUUAAUGCAAAGAUUAAUUGACCAUAGAACAUAUCGGCUGCUAACAGGGGUAUUCUCAAUGACGUAUUUGUAUAUUGCCUUAAAUAUGUCAGUAAGUUAAUACUUGAUAUUUAACUGAAUUCAAGAAAUGCUGCAUAACAUGUGGAGGAGGAGAGUCAAGCAAAUCUUGGUUUAACAACAUAAUGUGGUUUAUGGCUCUUUAAGUGUAAGCAAGCCAAACUUUGAACUGCACCUUAAACGAAGGUCAUGGCAUAAGUAAGCCAUUUCUAUAUUAAGCAAAGCACAAAGGUUUUUGUUGGUUUAAGUAAAUUAUCAACUCGAUAUUUGCUUUUACAACCUUCAGCUGGGAAGUAAGUGCAGAUGAUUAAAAUAACUACACUGAAAACUUUUUUUGCGUAUCUAGUUUAAUAAACAUGUGGUCCUUCCAUCGGUUGCAUCAACAGGUUGUUUACUAUAGUUUCAAUUAUUAGGAAUCCAAAGGGAAUUUCACAUUUAAAUUUGCCAUGUCCACUAUGUUAACCGUUCAUGUUAUUGUUUACAAUAAACAUAAUUAAAUCUCUUGUAAAUUAAAGCUAAAAUCCUAGACAAGUUUUUUGUGCCCAACCUUUUUUUUUUUUCUUUUCUUUUUUUUCUUUUUUUUUCUUUUAUGAGUACUUUGGCACACAACAACUUUUCAUAUGCAUUGCUCCUGUUUGUCAUUACAGUUAAUCUUGAAACGGUGUGCUCAUUAAUAGGCUCACAUUGGCAGUUUAUUGCUAACUAAUUACCCCAUAUGGGAUUAUUUAUGAUAAUAUUCUUUAAAUGAUUGUUCCCAAGUGUUUGUUUCCUUCCAAAGGCUGCACUUGUGUGCGACUAUUCGUAACAGCUCUCUGAAACAGACUUCCAUGUGGCAGCUACAAAGCCAUUACUUGAAUUUAAAGAUAUUGGAAAUAAAAAAAGAAAUGGUUUAUGUGAAGAACAGGAAAGUGAUAUAUGUAAUUAAACAAAAAAAACAAGAGUUUGUGAGAACGAACCACCGCUCAGGUAGUUUACCCUUCGUUGGGUCCUAGCUGAGGACUCAUAAACAUAUUAUCUCACUUGUGCCAUUGUAUAUACCCAACACUCAUGGUUUGCUCUCAAGUGUCCUCGUGUUUUACCAAAAUCAGACAGUGGCUUUCUCCGUUUACGCUUUCCUUCACAGCCUGUGCAAGAGGAAUAACGUUUUAGGGCUAUCAGCUCCGGCAUCUGCAACUGUCCUAUAGUGUUGUGUUUUUUGUUUUUGUUUUUUAGUAAGGGUGUUGACUCUUAACUAUAAAUGUGUUGGACCCAUACACUAGCCAUUCAGAUAUGGCCAAAUUGAGCCACUCUAUAGCUGUCAGACACAUGCUCCCAGGGCCUAGCUUCUGUGAGAUUAAUGUCUGGAAUGUUGGGAAGAUGUUUUAUAUAGUUGUCAGCUGUUGUAUUACAUGAUACAAAAUAGACUAUCUGAUUUAUGUUUUCACGCAGUAAAUAAGAUAUUACUUUCUAUGUGAAUCUAGCAGUAUAUUGUUCCACUUCCUUGCUACUCCUUUCUGGUUUUAUAUAAGUACAUAACCGUUCCCCUUUUUUCUCUACAAUUUAUAGUCUGGCUUGACUUACGGACACAAUCAACUGUUGAGAGGCUGUUAAAGAGAAUUCCAGGAAAAAACAAGAACAUCUUUAAGGUAUGUUAAGUUAAAAUACUCUUUCUGGAUCUAAUACAAUUUUAUUGUAUGCUGCAGGAUAUUAAUUGCGUCUUAUUAGCACACGGUUGUACAAAAAUCCUAAAAUGAGGAUGUGGAUAGAUUUAUGAUAUUACAUCUGGUUACUGGGAAUGUGUAGUUAUUGAACAUUCAUAGUUCAGUGUUCUCCCUCUCACUUCGGCAUCAUCGCACGCUACUCGAUAAUGACCUAUAUUUAUCUGCAUUAAACACCAACACAACUAGCUUACAAGACAACUAUAGUCACCCAGACCACUUCAGCUCAAUGAUGGGGUAUGGGUGCCAGGUCCCCCAAGUUUUAACCUUUCAGAUGUAAACAUAGCAGUUUCACAGAAACUGCUAUGUUUACAUUGCAGGGUUAAUCCAGCCUCUAGUGGCUGUCUUCCUUACAGCCGCUAGAGAUGCUGAAUGCGAAAAUCACACUCAGCAUGCAGAACGUCAAUGCUUUCCUAUGGGUGUUUUUAAUGUGCGCUCGUCUCUGGCCGCGCAUGCACAUUCCACUCCAUUCGGGAGCUGACGUCUGAGUGGGAGGAGAGGUCACCAGCGCCAAGGGAGCCCGGUGCUGGAUUAAACUAAGUAGCUGAAGGGGUUUUAACCCCUUCAGCCCAGCGGGUGGGGGAGACCUAAAACGAGUUUUAUUUUUUUCUGACACUAUAGGGAUCCUUUAAUUAAACAUUUGUCUUCUAGAUCAUGUUCCUGCAGUUAAACUGCUCUAUCUGCUGCUGUUUUGGAGUUAAAUUAACAUUUCGGCAGUCCUAGCUACACCUCCCUGGUUUGUCUCACACAGCAUCCAUGGGAGAAAAUGUUUUUUCAUUUUCAAACCAAUAUUACAGCACAGUGUAUUUACUUCGGAAGUUCUCUACUCUCUUGAACUUUAUUGACACACUGCAGGCUUAUUGCAAGCAAUUAACAGAGCAGGAAAUAUUAACUAAAUAUGAAUUAAAUUAAGCACACUAUUAUGAACUAAAGAAAGUUUACAAAUUAAAGGUGUAGCAGCUGUGGGUGGUCUCUGCGUGAUGCACAAGUAAGGAGCUGGUGUUACCCCAUCUAUAUGGUAUGUUGGCUUUGCGCAGGACAGUCGUCACUGGCCCAAAAGAUUUGCGUCUGAGUAGUGUGGCCCUGGUUAGGUCUUGGAAAAACAAUAGUUUGGUGUUCUCAAAUUCUAGUGGCGUUUUGCCUUUCAUGGCAGUCAUUAUUCUGAUUUUGUCGUGUGUGGUAGCACAUCUUAAGAUAACGUCUCUGGAGGUGUCAGGUGAGAUGCGGGCUGAGCUGGUUACACGGUAUAUUCCAUCCAGUGUAAUUUUCUCCACUGGGUGCGCCAGGAAUGUUGACAGGAGGUGCCGCAUGUAGUGCGGCAAUUCUUCAUUGGUGAUGGUGUUAGGUAUGCCGCGGAUCUUAAUGUGUGUUCGGCGUUUUGUCUUCCAGGGACAUUAAUUGUGCUGCUAGGACAUGUUGUUCUGUUUGCGGCUGCUGGACCGAGUCUUGCAAGGUGGUUAUGGUGUGUUAGUGACUCUGUCUGUGAUCUGUUACAUGUCCCUUUUAAUCAGGGCAACGUCAGCGGCCAAAAGUUUUUUGGAUGUCUGCCAAAAGCACCUUAAGUCCCCUUUGGUGGUGGGGGCUGAAUCCUCAGGUGAGACAGGGGGUAUGGCUGAACCCUCCUGAGGGUUCUGUAUGUUUGGGGUCCCCCUUCCCUCUCUUUCUGGGGCGGGGGCCAUGUUUGGUGGGGGAUCCGUUUUGUUUUGGUGUGGCCAGCCCCGGUCUGAUCAGCAUUUCCCCAAUGUCCCUACCUUGGGUGCUGGCUCAGGUUGCAGGCUUGGGUGUGCGGCAGCCCAUGUUUAGUGUGUCUGACGGGGUAUGCCUGGUGGUCACAGCUAUCCUGUUGUCUGCCGAAAAGUGCCUCUAGAUUGAGGAUUGGUGUCGCGUGGUAGGCCGCGGUUUUGCGCCGCUGCCUAGGUUGCUUGGCGGCUUGAAAGAAGGGCAUCGACCUGAUCGCCCCGUCACUGUGGGUCCGGGUGUGUGCUUUGCUUGGGCAGAUGGCCUCUCUGUUGGGAGAUAUUUGCAAGAUUGUGGGCGGCGGACCGGGAGCUGUGGAAGAUAUGUCCCCCAGUAUGUGAGAGCUUUGCCCAGGGCAGUGUGUAUGUCAGGGACAUCCAUAGAGUCACACUGAGACACCCUGGGUCGGGGGCACAGCACAGAAAUGGCAGAUUAGGGAAGGGGCACAUGGGAGGCCUGCUGAGAUCAGGGUUACUGAUCUGGGUUGUGAAACUGUCUGACACAAACAGGGAGUUUCUGCCUUCAACACAACAAAGUAGUCUCUUUGCAUGUGUGUCAGUGUGUGUGUGUGUGUAUGUGUAUGUAUCUACAUGUGUGUCAGUGUUUGUGUGUGCCACUGUAUGUAUCGUUGCAUGUGGAUCUGUGUAUGUGAAUCUUUGCAUGUACGUCGGUGUUGCUGUCAAUGUGUGUAUAUCUCUUGAAGUAUAUCUGUGUGUGUGUGUAUAUGUAGCAGUGCAUAUGUGUUUGUGAAAGCACAUUUGUAUGCAGUUACCAAUAUUACACACAAACACAAUCCUGCAUUCAAACACCAACACUGUACACAAAAUCAGUCUAACAUUCAAACGCCAACAGUACACUCAAAAUACCCCUGCAUUCACGUGACAACAUUACAGAGAAGCACACCACUGUAUUCAUAUACUAACACUACCUUGAAUUGAAACUCAAACACUACGCAACCCUGAAUUAAAUACCAACACUACACACAAACUGAUACCCUGUAUUCAAACACCAGAAUUAUAUACAAAUAAACAAACAUUCACUCAAAUAAACUCCAUUGAUAAAGAUGCCCACAUUCACAGGUACUGCAUGCAGAUCGUACCCUCAAGGAUUGGUAAAUGGUAGAUCCACAGCUGUCAAUUCAUCAUGGGCUUUGUACAGCAGCUGAGAAUCUAGCUAUUGUCUACCUCUCUUUAUAUAGUUGGUGCGGGGGGUUUAACAGAUUCUUGCACUGGAGGUUUCUAGUUACGCUUUUGGUUGGGGGGGAUCAGGAUUCCACGUGUGACUGUGGGUCAAUAUGGACCCCUAUAUAUCACAGCCAAAAUAUUCAAUUUAUGCUGACAAUAUCAGUUUAUUUUCAAAAAAAACUUUAUGGUUACAUGGUAUACUUUCAAAUUAGAGCACGAAUAUCAUCAGAAAAUUAAAAUAAAGAAAACAUGUUAAACACUCUUCGUGCUCCUGGUUGGGGCAAUGCGUUCCACAAGAGAGGUUCAACCUGGAGCCAUGGAUCCAGAUUGGAUGAAGACUUUAAUGUUGGCUACGUCCCACUGAUAAACAGGCCUGGAAGAUGUGUUGGUGAGAGAAACAAGACCCUGCAAAUAUAUGAAUGUGUUGUCAGCCUGUAACGGUGGCCAUCUUUUUCGGAAGUGAGAGUCCAUGGGUUUAAUUUAUAUGGAAUAGUGGCAGCGUAAAGUUUUGAGGUCACCCCUGUUACAGAUGCACAUCAUUGUAAUGUUGGGUGGCUUAAAUUGUGGAAACAGCUCAAUGAGUGUUUCUCAAAGAUGUAUGGAAUGUGUCUAACUGCCUUUAAUAAAACCUCCUUAUUACUUGAAACCCAGGAUGACAUCCCUAGGUACACAGGAUUUGUUGCAUGGUUACCAAGGUAUGCGGUAAGUUCCAUACAGAGAUAGCCCCUUAGCCUGUUUUGAUGUCUCGGUAGUGGAGAAUAACCUCCUUAUAAAUUGCAGCAAUUCUGCUGGGUCUAUGGUAUCAGGAAUCCUCCUCACCUUCAAAUUGUGUUGUCUCACAUUAUCUUCCAGUUGCCCAAUCUUAGCACUCAAUAGUGCACAUGUGGUAUUGACCUAAAGUUGUUGUGUUGCAGGCGAAUCUUGUUUGAUUCUUAGGCCAUAGAGAUCCUUCUCAGUGGCCCGUAUCCAUAGAGACCGCACAUUCAAAUGUUCCUUCAGCGCUGCCAGUUCGGAAGCAAAGAAGGCUUUGAGAUCAAGCACUAUUGUAGUUAGAUCUGAUUUUGUAGCCAAAGUAGUUUAAGACUACGUCAGAGUCCAAACCCUGCCCUGUGUGGUUAAGUCGAUGCCACCACAAACCUCUGGUCCUCAUCCUCCGAGGCCCAUAGCAAGUCGUGAGUUGGGUAGUAAUCCAUCAUCAUAGGUCUGCGUGAUUGGGCGAGAAGCUGGCCGAUAUCAUGGGUGUCAUGUUCCUCACUUAGCUCUCGUGAUUUUCUGGAGUGCUUCACCAUAGUGAUCGAAUGCUGAUGGUAGCCUCCUGUACCACUGUAUGCAGCCAAAGUAUUCUCAGCAGCGUUGGAUAAUUAGUUUUUAGCUGGAGCUUACAGUAUGGGAAAGUAUAUGUAUUAAUAGAUGGCUACUGUAGCGGAUGGCCCUGUGCUGUCCUGAACAAUUCAUGUAUUUCUAUGUAUUCGUGUAAAAAUGGCAAAGUCUAUGUAUUUAAUGUAUUGGAUUCGUCUGAAUGUUAGGUAGUUUCAUUCCCUUAGUUUAUUCGAAUGAAACUACCGAACAGUCAGACCUCCCAUGUGUGAAGUGUGUUCUCAAUUAACCGUUGCAACAUUGUUGCGAACGGGUAAUUGGCAAGUGAAGUAGCCGUCCUUUGUUCUCGGGGGUGGCCGCCAUUAGAAAAACGAACACGUGGCGGCGGCCAUUUUAAAACUCCCGAACAGCGGUGUUUUGCCGUUGAGUGUCUGGAACUCAAAUUGGACACUCGACUAGGCAAACACCGCUGAAACCUCCACAAGCUCGGUCCGUUCGGUUCCUAACUACCGAACGGCCCCUCGUUCGGUAGAUAGAAAGAACCGAACGAGGGGAUUCAGGCGAACCCUCCCUAGCCUUUAUAGCUAGAGGCUUUCGUGUAGUUUGUUCCCUUACUCCAGGACCGACCGCAGGGCUCAUUCGCAUGGAACCGCAUUCGGCUGUCUCCGUCAGUGCGGUCUGUCAUUUUAUUCCCUCCAUAGAUUUCCCGAACCUCUGGUCUGAUCUGGGUGAUUUUUGGAUAUGUUGUUCACCCAGAUCAGGGCUAUCAGGGGGGGUAGGAUUUAAAGGGGUACCCCUACGUUUAGGGGUACAUCCAGAAACGGGGGGAAUUACUGUACUGGAUAAGGGGAUUAUGAUGCUGGCUGAGGGGAGGAGAUGUGCGGGAGGUUACCAGGACAGGAUUGGCUACUAUACUAAUGAUUGUAAAUCCCUCCCUUGCAUGGGAGCAUGCUUUAAAAGGACAGUGUGGAUUAAAGAUUUUAGUUCUGCUCCUGAAACUGUGUGUCGUCCAGUUAUUGGGAUUGCUAUUGGGAUACUUCUGUUAUUUUACCUGCUGGAAACCUUGCCUGUGGAUUUACUAUUUACUUGUUCCUGAGCCUCACUUGGAUUAUAAGCGGAGAUAACCUGGGGAAUAUUGCAUCUCCGCUACAGCUACCUAUAGUAUGUAAGCCAAUUUCCAUGUGUUGUUGCCUACCUCUGGAAUAUUUACCAUUCUCAGAAGCUGUCCCAGCAAAACACUGGGCUAGGGACCUAAUGCGUGAAAUGACGUAGAAACAAUGGAACGUAAUAUUAGAUACCCCUAAGAAAUAAUAUACCAUGUUGCCCUCACAGCCCCUCCCCCCCAUUAUAUGACUCACUCCUUGUUAGGGUUUCUGAUGAAUUUAUCCAACUGAUGUAAUUGCAGUGCAAAACAGUUGGUAAGCAUUUGUUGGGCUCUAUAAGUGUAUGGGAGCAGAUUGGCCACUGUGUGUUUUUACUAGUAUGAUCGCAAUUGAACCUUUUUAGUACCACCUAUCCGUACAUGUGCAGUUGCAGUAGUGAUUCUGUAUGAUUGGAAAAUAAUCAAACUGUGAUCAGGAAACCUUAAGGGGCACCUAUGUAAAUUACAAACUCCAGUGGUGUAUUGAUUUGCUAAGUUUAGUUGCUUGGUAUUUUAGGUUUUGUAAUCUAUUAAGAAGUAAAAAUAAAGUCAUCUGCUUCUAUUAACUGUGUGGUGUGGUUUUUUUUUUUUUUUUUUAAAUUGUUCUCUUUAAUAUCCUUUCUAAACCUUUUAUGCCCCUACAUUUUAUCCCUGUCUCUCAUCACGUGUAAGUUGUACUAUUUAUAGAGAAAGGUGAAAGAGAAGAAGAAAAGUAAUUUCUGAGCAUUACAAACUGUGUGGCUAAUCCAAAUAUGUUUCACCAGGAUUGGCUGACCGUUUUUUUACUUCUGUAAAUAGAUGGCGUACAGGGAAUGCCUCGUGAUUUUCUGGAGUGCUUCACCAUAGUGAUCCAAUGCUGAUGGUAGCCUCCUGUACUACUGUAUGCAGCCAAAGUAUUCUCUCUCCCAAAAAAAAAAGGUAUAUACCAAGGUAACAUAAACAUUGACUUCACUAUUGAGUCAUAGUCCUUCCUUUGGAGUUUAAGGGGGGUAAUUGCGAUUACGUUCUCAGAAUUAAUCUUCGAUGUGUUUAUAGAAUCCAGAACGAGACACUUGCUUAGGUGCUUCCUGGAAUUGUGAACCACUCAUUUCAAACUAUUAUUUCCUUUUUGGGUUUUUUUCUAGUCCCCAGUUUUCUCAGAGUAUUUCAUAAUUUGUCCUUCCCUCCUCCACAAUAGUAAAUAGUCUUAAUACCUCUCAGCCAAAUGUAUUAAUUUAGUUUUGUCAAUGCAGGUAAUGUUUAGUAGCGCUGUAUGCAGGAAAAGGCUUUAACUCCUUCUUGAACAUAUACCUUUUUAUACAGAAAUUUACUUUUCUAUAGAUUUUUUUUUUUUUUUAAUAAAGAAGCUAAAUCUCUAAUUUUCAAAAGAUAUGAUCAAAGAAAAACUUUUGUUUUACUGAUUUUCACAUUUAUUUAAGAAUUAAUGGCUUAUAUAAAUUCUGAUUUGAAAGAUCUAUGUACAUGUUAUUUAUUGUUCUGUCUUGAUGUAACCGAAUGUUUGAUUAUUUUCAGAGCCGCACUGGUCUCCCCAUUAGCACCUAUUUCAGUGCCGUGAAAAUGCGGUGGUUGCUGGACAAUGUGGAAGAGAUUAGACAGGCAGUCGCAGAAGGACGAGCAAUGUUUGGAACCGUAGACUCCUGGAUUAUUUGGGUUUGUAUGCUUCACUAGAUAUUUGUGGUAGUUGCUUUUACAUUCAGGUUUAGAUUCAUGCCACAUUCCUUCUAGCAUGUGGGUUUUAAGGACAGUGGCUUUUUGUUUCUGGACGGGGGUAUGCAAGAGUCUCAGGCCACUCAGAAAAAAUCAGAUUUGAGAACAUUUAUUUUAAUAGACUGACUUUUUAAAAAAAUUUAUUUAUUAUAUAUUCAUAGAGUCUGACAGGAGGCAAGAAUGGAGGCGUUCACUGCACAGAUGUGACCAAUGCUAGUAGGACUAUGCUAUUCAACAUUUAUACUCUGGAAUGGGAUGCUGAACUCUGCCAGUAAGGUUAUCUCCUCACUCAUCGAUAACAUGUUGGAUGGAAUACUAAGUUUUGCCAGCUUAUAUUAGCAGACAAUGCUCUGGGUGGAAUUUUGAGCCAUUUCAGUAAGGCCAGUUCCACUCACAGACAUAUAAUGCGUUGGAUAGAAUAUGGAGCUCUUCCAUUAAUUACACCUUACAUGAACUGUGUUAGCUGGACACAUAGACAGAUAAUGCAUGAAUCACAAUACUGAACUGUGCUAGCUGGACCAUUCAUCCCACAUGGACCGAUAAUGCAUGAAUCACAAUACUGAAUUCUUCCAGUAAUGUCAUUUCAACUUCCUGUUAAAAUAUGCAAACAGAGGAAGUACAUGGUUUGCUACGUGGACAUCGUCAGCAACACAAUUCUUCCUAUAGUUGGUGAUUGCAUUUUUUUCUCAGAAUGGAUUAAUCAUGCAACCACAACUAAAAGUAUCAAUAGUUAUGUUGCUUCACAUGAAUCCUUUAAUUUAUAUAUACACAGUGUAUAUAAUUCAUGUGAAGCAACAUAACAAUUCAUACUUUUCGUUGAAUUGUUAUAUAUACGGUGUUUAAACACUCAAAUACAGUUUUCUCUCUUUAGAUUUUUUGAUAUACCUAUGGAUUUGCUUCCAAAAGUAAGGAGCUCUUCUGAGAUCUAUGGACUCAUGGUAAGAGUUCUUCAGUUUAUAAACCUUUUGUAUUAUAGACCUUUCUCCUCCUAAUACAUAAAAAUGUGUGUGUUUGCUCAUAAUUAUCAGUUGUAUAAAAAUAAAUUUUCAGUCAAAGUGUUUGGUUUAGUGUUAUAUAUUUAAUAAACUUGUACAAAUAACAAUGUUAACGAAGAAUCCAAAAUUCUAAUUAAAAAUACCCGUAAAAAAAACAAAACACGUUAAUUAAAUUAUCCCCAACCCCUCACCGAGACAUCCUCUCUGUGCAGCUCUGCUUCCCCUCCAGGGGGAUUACCAGUACUGAUGAUAUCCAGGCCAAUAGAAUGUUUCCUGCAAAGAAACAUCGGGAGGUGGGUUGCAUGUGGGCCACUUGGCAGGAAAAAGUGCUUUAGGGGUUUGGAAUCUUCUUAUAAUGCACUUUAACAACACUGUGCUGGAUAUUUCCUAUUCUAUGUGCAGUGUGUGAAAAUUUCAGGGAUCGUAAAAUCCAGGGUUCGUAAAAUUUUAUAAUUUGAUUAUGCCAAGAUACAGAUCACAGGGUUCCACCAUACAUUCAGUAUUACUAGCCAAGUCGGAGAGUGAAUACCAAGAAGCUCAUCAGAAACUGCUUAAUUGCAGUGGUAAGAAUCUUGACAACAUGGAUACUAGUUUACACUAUAUUCUUCUUUCUUCUAUUUUUCUGUACUCUAAAACCUGAUCAUUGCUCUCUAUUUUACUCUGAUACCGGGACUUUGUGUCCAUCUCUGGCAGCUACACGUUAUUAGAAUUCCAAAGUGCCAGCUGUCACUUUCUGAGUAUCCUGAGCUUCAGUCCUCUAAAAAAAAUAAAUUUAUGUAGCUUUUGAAGGAAUUGCAUGUAUUGACCUAAGAUGGAAUAAUAACUUUUGGUCAUUUCUGCUCAAUUUGCGAUAGUAGUUUGGUGGGAUUUUUCACAGUUCAAUACAAGUGACAAGGCCCAUUGAAAUCACACUGGGUUGCAAGAUCUACAAACUUCCAUUCCACACUUCUUUGUGGGGGCUAGGUCCACUAACUCUGCAUUCUGUUGCUGCUUUUAGGAACCAAAGGCUUGUGUCCCAUACUUUCCUGCUUGGUUAACAAAAAAGUGAAUAAAAACAAUUAUCCGUUUAAACAUAAAAAAUAUUCAAAAUCAUGAGCAUCGACCCCAACAUACGAUAAAUUGAUUCAUAAAUGAUUAAUAGAACAGUUCAUUGCAUGUAUUAUGAUGGAAAAACAAGAGAAGUGGUUUCUUAAAUUGAAAUCAUCACAAUUGCAUUGUGUAUGUUUAAUGGAUAAGUUUAAUGAGGAUCUGUCAAACUCUGUUAGUGUUGGUAUCUAUAGCAUUCUAAUGCAAUCACAGUAUAUGUUCCAAAGCCUCAUUCCAGCCAAUAGGUUUCUUAUCUGUGUCUUGCGGUACAGUCUGUGUUUACUUGGCGGUUGACACAAACCAUUUGAAUUUGAAUUUUGUCUCUACCCUCUUGUGUUUUUUGCAUACCAUAGAAAAUCAAUGUAAGCCUGGUGAGUAAAGGCUUUUAUUGGGCUUUUUGCCAGUCACCUAUUCCAUGCACUUGAAUUAUAUAUUCUAUCAUUUCCAGUUAUUAAAAAAAAAUUUUUUUUCUUUAUUUCUUUUUUCUUUAUUUUUUUUGUUAAUUUUGCAAAGUUUUAUCAAAUGUGAUUAUGGCACAUCUAGCUUCUAGUUUUAUUUUUGCAUUUGUUAAAGAUGACAACUGGAAAUGUGCUAAUUUGCUUUACUUGUGGCCUCACAAUGGGUUUGUUUCUUCACACACUCACAAGGUGUGUCUGUCACACGAGCACUGUGGGUUUUUGGGUUCAGUCCCUGUUUGUUGGCUUUCUGCUAUGACACUUUGUCAACUGCUUUUUUUUAAAAUGGCUUCUAUGCUAUGUAAAUCUAGUUAAUUUGAAAUGUAUUUAAAUCCAUGUCUUUUAUUACUCCUUGUAUUUCUUUCAUUUUCAGAAAUCUGGAGCAUUGACUGGAGUGCCAAUAUCCGGGGUGAGUUUUAUGCUUUGGAAAUCUUUUAUUUAUUUUUUUUAAAGACUGAGGUGUGUGUGUGUGUGUGUGUAUAUAAAACAAUCAGUUGGUCACAAAUCAUAUGGCUGCAACUCCAUAUGGAAACCUGCAGAAAAAGUCUAGAGUACUGAAAAUUCUCAGAGUGAGUAGAAGCACUGUCUGCAAAAAAUGAAAGCUUUUGUGGUCAUAUAAUCUGCAUAACUGGCUGGUUGAAAAGUCAGAAUUAAAACAUCAUCUGUUAUGACAUAUUCUAUUUGUACUGCACCGUGCAACUAUGAUGACACCAGCUGGUAUCAAUCAUUUAUCCUUAUCCGACAAAACACCACAUUUUCCUUCCCUUGUCAGCUAUGUCUCCCAAUUAUUAUCAUAAUAUUGCAGCUGAAUAUUUCACUACUGCCAUGUUAUGGCAGGGUUAAAAUGCAAGAAAUAUUAAUUUACAGAGCCUGCGAUGCUUAAUUGGUCUAAAGUUUAGUUCUAAUACCGUGCAUUUCCGGUCUUUGAUUGGCGUAUAUACAUGAUCUUCUCUCGCAAGCUUUAAAAAAAGCUUAAGCUGGCCAGAUGAGGCUGUGAGGAAGUAUGAUGUGCAUGGAUCUGUGUGCACACCCACAAAAGGUUAGUGAAGUGAGCUUGCACAUGGGAAAACCGCAAAGAUAUGUAUCCCUGGUAAAUGUAGGAGUAUAAUGACUUGGUUACUGGAGACAUGGGGGGGACCGUCAUUGGUGUUUUAAAGAUGGCCUCCUCUAUAGAGCAGAGGUACACAAAGAGAUAGAAAACAGAGACAAUGAUCUAUGUAGGGAGAAAUUUAUUAUGGUUACAUUGUGCUAAAUCUUGGGAGACAUUGUUUUGUUUCUAUAGUGGCUGCACCUUAUUUAGCACUUCACUUUAUAAUGGCACCUCCUUUGCUUUGAUGGAUAUGCCUCAGACUUUUUUUUACAAUCACCAAAAAAUCCUGUCCGAGAUAACGGAAGCAAUCCCAUAAAGAUCGAGAUUUAUGGAAAUGGGAGGAAAAGCAUGGUGGAGAAUCUCUGAUGCUUCUUGCUGGAGCUACAGAUUUGUAGCAAGUAAGGAACAUUUAACGAGUUACUCCAACCAAAACCAGUGUUUUCUUAAAACACUAGUUUUGUUUUUUAGAGCAAGCUUUUCUGAAGAAAAAAAAAAAAAGCAACGUUAUAAAAAAUAUAACGCAAAAUGCUAAAUCCUUUUAUAGGGUUGUCUAUCCACUGCAAAGACAAAAAGCUGAAUAUAUAAGCUAUAUUAAAGAUUUCUUAUUGCCUUUAUAGCUAGAUCUAGGGCCAUCUAAACUAAUGUUAAUAAAGUACCAGAGAGAUUCCCAAAGUCAUUACAGAAAUGUUGAGAAAAGAACAUCAUCUAAACCAAGUAAAAUGGUUUAACCCCUUAAGGACACAUGACAUGUCUGACAUGUCAUGAUUCCCUUUUAUUCCAGAAGUUUGGUCCUUAAGGGGUUAAGCAGUUUGCAAUAUAAUUUUGUGUUGCUAGGUAAUACUCCUGCCUGUAUUUUUUACAUGAAAAUGUGUUUUUUCAUUAUGUGUAGUUAUCAUAUGCCGCAUUACAGAUAAUGACUAAUUAUGUGAAGUAAUCUUUGUUUGCAGUGUUUGGGGGACCAGUCUGCUGCAUUGGUUGGGCAAAUGUGUUUUCAGGAUGGACAAGCUAAAAAUACGUGAGUAACCUUUAUUUAUUUAUUUAUUUAUUUUCUUUUAAGGGUACACCAUAACAACUGCAAAGUCCAGAAUCCAACAACAUUUAGCUCUGCCACCUGUCCUUCUGCUGAUUAGAUUCUUGAAGGGGACAAAAAACACUUUAGACACAACAGGGUAAUCUCUAAAUCCUGUAUUGGUAGGGGGUACUUGAGGACUGGGUUGGGAACCCCUGCUCUAAGCCAACUGACAUACAUUUCUCAGGCUGUUGUGUGAAUGGGGAGCCUAUGACUCUCUAGUCAGCAGCGCCCCUGUCCGAGUUUGUGUGAGGCUUUCUCUUUCAAUAAUCUGAGCAGCAGAAAGACAGAAGGCAGGAUUAAACCAUUCAUAAGAGGUAAACCUCUAAAGGUAAGCAUGCGCCAGGGACCUACUGGCACCAUAUCAACUUCAUUCCAAUAAAGUUAUGGUUUCCAGAGUGUUCCUUUUAAGCUAGUCCUUUCUCACGGUUAGGUAUGUUGGGGUUCAGAGAAUGAGAGGUGAUACUAUAUAAAAAUCACAUGAUUUAUAGUUAGAUCUGAGUUUAAGUAUGGAGAAAUACAAAGAUGUAAAGGCUACCAGUGCAUAAACAUUUAUUAUCAGACAGUGUGUAGGUGAUGCAUAUGGUCCAAUAAAGUCUAUUUGUAAAGCAAAUUCUGGGACAGAUUGUAUGGAGCAAACACAAAAUCGUGUAAUGGUUGCAUGUGUACCAAUUUGCCCCAGAAUUGAUUGUUGUAGAUAUGAAUAUUUCAAAUUUUGAUUUACCCCUGAUGCUCCAAUCUGUUAUGGCACUAGUACCGUAUAUACUCGAGUAUAAGCCGACCCGAAUAUAAGCCGAGGCCCCUAAUUUUACCCCAAAACACUGGGAAAACGUAUUGACUCGGGUGGGAAAUGCAGCAGCUACUGGUAAAUUUCUAAAUAAAAUUAGAUCCUAAAAAAAUUAUAUUAAUUGAAUAUUUAUUUACAGUGUGUGUAUAUGAUGAAUGCAGUGUGUGUGUAUGAAUGCAGUGUGUGUAUGAAUGCAGAGUGUGUGUAUGAAUGCAGUGUGUGUAUGAGUGCAGUGUUUGUGUAUGAGUGUGCAGUGUGUGUAUGAAUGCAGUGUGUGUAUGAGUGCAGUGUGUGUGCAUAAAUGCAGUGUGUGUAUAUGAGUGCAGUGUGUGUGUAUGAGUGCAGUGUGUGUAUGAAUGCAGGGUGUGUGUAUGAAUGCAGUGUGUGUGUAUGAGUGCAGUGUGUGUGUGAUGCAGUGUGUGCUUGUGUGGCAGAGCCUUGGUGGGGGGGUGGGCAUUUUUAUAAAAAUAAAAAAAAAAUAUUAUUUUAAUUUUUUUUGUUAUAUUAUUUUUUUUUAUUAUUAUUAUUAUUUAUAUAUUAUUAAUAUUUAAAUUUUUUGUUAUAUUAUUUUUUUAUUAUUAUUAUUAUUUAUAUAUUAUUAAUUAAUAUUAUUUAAAUUUUUUUGUUAUAUUAUUAUUAUUUUUUAUUAUUAUUAUUAUUAUUUAUAUAUUUUUAAUUUAUUUAUUUUUCGUCCCCCCUCCCUGCUUGAUACAUGGCAGGGAGGGGGGCUCUCCUUCCCUGGUGGUCCAAUGGCAUUGGCAGUUCAGUGGGGGGAGGAGGGGGGCUGGCAGGAAGCACUUACCUCUCCUGCAGCUCCUGUCAGCUCUCUCCUCCACCGCGCUGGUCCGUGCAGCUCCUCUCUCAGCUCACACUGUAAGUCUCGCGAGAGCCGCACUAUGACCCCGCGGCUCUCGCGAGACUUACACUGGGAGCUGACCGAGGUGCUGACCGGACCGGCGCGGAGGAGGAGGGAGCUGACAGGAGCUGCAGGAGAGGUAAGUAACAGCUCUGCCAGCCCCCAGUCUGUAUUAUGGCAAUGUAAUUGCCAUAAUACAGACUGACUCGAGUAUAAGCCGAGUUGGGGUUUUUCAGCACAAAAAAUGUGCUGAAAAACUCGGCUUAUACUCGAGUAUAUACGGUAUUUGACUUUUCAAAAGCGUUGCUCUGCAUUCUGGGCAAGGUGAGUAUUGUUUUGCCAUAACAACAAAAUGGUGUUGGCAAUUGCAAAUUUAUAGACCAUUCUGCCCACCUACCAGUUGGACCUUCCUAUUUUCAGCUGAGUUUGUUCAUAUCCUCUGUCUUGGUAAGAAGAGGAAUGUGAUCUGUCAACUUGCUAGAGUAACAGUAAACAUGUAUAUGCCUUUUUACUCAAGCUUGAUACCAAGCAGAUAGCGUGUCAGUUUUCAUCAUGAAAUUCUCAUGCAUUGGCUGUUUUUUGAAAUAUAUUAAUACCAGUUAUCUUGUUGUAGCUAUGGUACUGGCUGUUUCUUGCUGUGCAAUACUGGUUCAAAGGUAGGUGUCUAGAAGAAGAAUGCAUGGCUUAGAUUACACAGUUCUUAAAGCAUGGGCUUACUCUUUCAUGUUUAAGUGCUUUUAUGUCCCUUAUAAUGCUUGAUAUUCCUUGACCUCUCAUUAAAACGUAGCUCCCAAGGACACUUUCCUGAAUAUUUAUCAGUACAGCUGAUAAUGUACAUAUAUUGCUUUCAACAUACAUUAACUGAUAACCUGAAUUAGCUAAACUCCAGAAUGCACCAUAUUAGUUCUCAAACAUUUCUCCUCAAAUGACACACCUAAAGAAAUGCAUAUUUGUCUUGUUGGGUUUUGUCAUGUUUAUCCUUGGGUUGUGAACCCAUAUUUAAUAGAAUUUGACAUGUUGUUCUAGUGAAUAUGCAAAUAUUUUGGGCACCCGUGGCCAUGUAACAUGUUUUGUUGAUGUACUAAGUGAGAAGAAGUUAACACAAUGCUUGCAAUGAAAACCUGACAUUUUUCUGCAUAUUUUAAUGUAUGGUUAUUAUUUGAAUUGGUUAAUUUAACUCAUGGAAAAACUAAAAUAAACUUGUAAAUGUGACAUAUGCAAAUGAAUGAACACCCUUUUAGUUGAUAUGCAAGUGAUAUAUUUGUAAUGUAUCAGAACCUUAACCCCUUAAAGAACGUCUGGAAUAAAAGGGAAUCAUGACCUGUCACACAUGUCAUGUGUCCUUAAGGGGUUAAAUUAACUUGUUAGGCCUUCAUAUUGGCCUACGGUUAAAAGUUCCACGGCUGAGUCCAUCCUCUGACUUCUAGAACCUCUCAGGUAUGUGCAAUGAUGGGCUCGUCUAAGCAGCUGACUGAGGGACACAUAAGAAACAUAAGUAACUUUUACUAAGCGGAGAAGCUUAUGAAAAUAUAUCUAAUCACUACCUGCUUCCAGUUUCCACUGUCUUUAAGAGGAACUGUUGAAAUCAAGAAAAGAGUUUUAAGACCAAGUACACGGAACUGCUCGUAGACUGAUCAGAAAUUUAAAACCUGAAAAAUAAAACCAAAGGUUAUGGUCAGUCCACUGAGCAGCCACUCUUUUCCAAAGACCCUAAAGAAGAGGGGGGUGGGGAAUUCAGGACACAGAUCAAAAAUUGGAGCUAUCCAACUGCAACCAGGAAACUUUGUAGUAUGUAACCGCCUGAAGACAGGGAGCAGCAUGAGAUAGAAGAAUGGCAUUUUACAGACUAUGCGUCUUCUCUUCAUGUGGGGUGUAGGAAAUGCUAGAAUAUGGAAACAUUACAUAACCUUGCACAUUUUACACAAGUCUAACAUAGAAGAAUUUGUGUUUUAAUAUCUGUGAAUCAUUUAUUCACUGUGUGUAUACUAAUUCAGUUUGGUCUGUAAUUCGCAAUACGUAGGUUCCUCUCCAAUCCUGCCUAUAAAUGAAUCAUUCAGUACAGCAUAAUUUCUUAUUUUAUGGUUGCAUUUUCCUCAUUGUUUUAAUAAUGUUUGUGUUUGUGUUUGUGAUUUAGCCCGUCAUGUCUGAACAUGGUCUUCUGACAACAGUUGGCUACAAGCUUGGUAGAGACCAACCCGCUUGUUAUGCACUUGAAGUAAGUUCUCUAAACAAGUUUUAUGUCCUUCAUAAAGUCAAACAUCUAGCAUCUUGUGUAUGCAUUUCUGUGGGCAUGUACAUUAAAGAAAAGUUGUUUCAUGCGGCUGUAAUGAGUAAUUAUGUAGAUCUGUCUAUUGCCAUCUCUUUCUCCCUCUUUCUUGGUCACAUUUUUCUUUGUUUAAUUCUUUACCUUCUAUGCCCCUCUUAUUUUAUCUCUAUGUAAAACAAUUCAUAAGGAAAACAUUAUUCAUUAUUUAAAAUGUUUAUUAUGGUAAUUAUAUAUUAUUUUAUUUUUUUGUGUGUUUUCAUAAUCUUGCUCAAUUACCCCAUAGGAAAAAAUAACUCCUACUUUGCAGUCUCAUUGGAGUUUUGUUUUCUUUAGGGAUCUGUUGCUAUAGCCGGGGCAGUUGUACGCUGGUUAAGAGACAACCUUGGCAUUGUGAAGUCAACAGAGGAAGUGGGUAGGUUGUAGUAGCAGCUCUAAAUCCUAUACUUCCUGAAAACGUGGUGUUGCUGUAUAUAAGUCAAAUGAACUAUCUUUGUCAUUUAUUUUAGAAAAACUUGCUGCUGAAGUUGGUACAUCCUAUGGCUGCUACUUUGUUCCUGCAUUUUCAGGCUUAUAUGCACCUUACUGGGAGCCCAGUGCCAGAGGGUAAGAAAGAGCUUACCAGUUGAUAUUUAUUUGAGUCACAAGAUUCCAGUUGUGUGUUUUGCCAUCUAGAAGCAGAUUAGAUUCAUGAUGUCACAAUAUGACCGGUAGAGUUACAAGAACAAGAGAAGGGAAGUUUGGGAGGCUAGUACGGGCAAAGACAAGACAAAGAUGGGUGGAGAGAGACAAUGGAUGAGUGACAGUGAGAGCAUAUAAGAUACAGACCAUAAAAUGCAAUGUUUAGAAUGUACUAAUUGAACAGAUACUUAAAUGCAGAAUACACCAAAGAAAGUGUAUAUAUAUGUGUAUAUAUAUGUGUGUAUGUGUGUGUGUGUGUGUAUAUAUAUAUAUAUAUAUAUAUACAUACACACACACACACACACACACACACACACACACACACACACACACUGGAAUGUGUUUACACAAAUAAAUAAGAAGACCUUAUUACUUAAAUGAAAGUAAUGUAAUUUAUAUCAGUGUAAUGAAAUUUUAUAAACCUUUUGAUGUGUAUAUAAGAAAACCAAACAUUAAAGUGUAUGUAGAAGUAGAUAAAUGUGAAUGUCACUGAUCCCAUAACAUAUGUUUCUACAGUAAACAGAUGGACUGCCAGAGUGGUUAUACACAGAUAUAUGUCCACCUUUGUUUAAUCCAAACAUGAUCAUCCACAUAGUAGAAAUAAUGGCAGAUAAGAAAAGUUAUUGGCAAAGAGAUAAGUGAGGAGCGUGGCCUUGGACCUAGAGCUGGCGCUAUUCGGGAGUAGUGAUGUAGCUGACACAUCCCGGCCAAUCUCCAGCAGACCCUCCCUCCCAGUCCCUCCUACCUCCUGGACAGCAUCCAUGUUGAAGCUGCCUUCAACAUGGAUGCUGUCCAGGAGGUGGGAGGGUCUGCUGGAGAUUGGCCGGGAUGUGUCAGCUGACCGGAGCUCGCUGCGAACGGUUCGUGGCGAGCCGUUCGCGGGAAGUUCGCGACAUCACUAUUCGGGAGUCUACUAAUAAGCUGGUUAAGGGAAAGCCAAAUGAUUUACCAAGUGUAAUAACUACGUAGUAACCUAGACAGUAUGAAUUACUGUGCAAACUAGCAAAAAAUAUUAUUGAUCAUGGUUCAUGGAUUGAAAUAAUGCAAUGACGAAGUAACCUUCCUAUUCUAAAUACAUUGCUAAAAAUACUCCAUCUUAAUAGUAGGAGUGGCAGACUUAUGUAAUUUGUAUUUUUCUCUUCUGCUCUACUGGGUGCUCUAACUGUCCUUUUUUUUGUUUUUUUUAUUUUCCUCUUAGCAUCAUCUGUGGCCUUACCCAGUUUACAAAUAGGAAUCAUAUUGCCUUUGCUGCUCUUGAAGCAGUUUGUUUCCAGACCAGAGAGGUAUGCUGCAAGAAGAACCACUCCUAAAUAAAUGUGUAGCCGUUUACAUAUGCCAACAAACUGCUGUAUGAGAAACCUUUUCAGGGUGAUAUCUAACUCAGUGAAAUGUGGAAAAGAUGCUUCAGUAGUUGCUGAAAGAGAAUAGUAUCCGUAUGUGAUGUAGGAUAAAGCUUGCAGUAAUGACCUUUCUGCUCCCUACACUUUAUUUUACUCCUACUUCAUUAAAGGGACACUAUAGUCACCAAAACAACUUUAUCUUAAUGAAGCCGUUUUGGUGUAUAGAUCAUGCCUCAUAGUCUCACUGCUCAAUUCUCUGCCAUUUAGGAGUUAAAUCAAUUUUUAUGCAGCCCUAGUCACAGUUCACUGCUUGUGACUUAUAGCCUUUCUAAACACUUCCUAUAAAGAGUCAUCUAUUGUUUACACUUCAUUGCACAUUAUGUUUAAUUUAGAAUUUAUCGCCUGCUCUGUGUUUUUGUUCUGUUUUUGUUUUUUCCAUGUCUCCUUUUUAUUUUAUUUUUUUUCGACAUACAAAAUGGGUACAGGAAAGAUAAGUGCACAACAGAAAAAAAUAUCCAUGUGAUGUUGCUGCUGUUGGCACAAACAAGUUCCAAUACAAUUAAGUGAAAAAAUUUAAUUUAUUACAGUUGUAAAGUGAAUGAAACAUUUUCUUUGACGUGUAGCAUAAGACACAUCUUGAAACUAAUGUGUAUACCGAUAUAUAGGUGUAGAAGGUAUAAUGCUCCAAUAUUCGAAUGAUGAGUUUGAAACCUUUAGAUUGGUCAAUACAUAUAAACUGGAGAGGUGUGUCUAGGGCUGCAUAAACAGAAAUAAACAGUUUUUCUCCAAAGUGGCAGAGAAUUGAGCAAUGAGACUGCAGGAGCAUGAUUGAUACACAAACUGCUUCAUUAAGAUAAAGUUUCUUUGGUGCCUAUAGUGUCCCUUUAAUAAUAGAAUCUGCGAUGUGACUAAGGCACAUAGGUGUGUUGAAGCAUUGUCUGUUUUCUGUGCUCCUGCAAUAAAGACUGCCUUAUGAAGAAACCACCGGUGUGCCCAGACAUUCUGUAUUUUGAAGAUUUAAUACAAAAUCAGAGAUGCCAGCAAUAGGUGUCUAUAUCUGCGAUCACACAGCAGACAGAUUGUUGCAUCUUUUAAUACUAUGUAACUUUUUUGUUUCUUGCCAGAUUCUAGAUGCCAUGAAUAAAGACUGUGGCAUUCCUCUCAGCCAGCUGCAAGUUGAUGGGGGCAUGACCAAUAAUAAAAUUCUUAUGCAACUGCAAGCUGAUAUACUAUGCAUUCCAGUAGGUAAGGAGGUACACAUUUCAUUUUCCAAACUUAUACAUUCUUUCUUACUACAUUUCAGAUUAUGUUAUGGCAAAGAAAUAAAGCUGCUGUCCAAACAAAGAGUAUAUUUGUGAUAUUUAUUUCCACCAGUGAAACCUUCUAUGCCUGAAACAACUGCACUAGGAGCUGCAAUGGCUGCAGGGGCAGCGGAAGGUGUUGGUGUUUGGAGCCUGAACCCCGGAGAUAUGACUGCUGUCACUUGUGAACGGUUUGAGCCACAAAUUAAUCCUGAGGGUAAAGAGUAAACCAAUCUCUUUAAAAAAAAAUAAUAAUAAUUUACAUGUUUACAAAAUAGAAUGGAACACAAAGUCUGAUAUGAUAAAAGAAAAAUAAAUUAAACUUUAUUGUGCAUUAAACAUUCUUUAUCUCUCCAUCUAGAAAGUGAAUUUCGCUAUGCUCGAUGGAAAAAAGCUGUGAUGAAGUCAAUGGGCUGGGAGACCUCUGAGCCUUCCUCCAAUGGAAAUGGUACAUUUAAUUUAAGUUAAAUAUGUUCUAAUGAAGUACUUCAUAUAUGGGCCUCAACAUAAUAUUUUUGGAUAAGCUUUUCAAAUGUAAAAUUUGUUGAUGCCUUUUGUUUUUUUUGUUUUUUUAGUAUUUAAUAUUUUUAGGGAUAUUCUAAUAUUUUGUUAUUUUUGGUAUAUUUAUAUAUAUUUAACAUAUAUUUUUCAUAUUAGAAUAUUUAAAAAUAAUCAUUGUAAAGCUUUAUCCAAAAAUAUUAAACCAUUUGAAAGGUUUAUCCCAAAAUUUUUAAAUUGAGGCUGUGUUUUGCUAUUGAAACUAUUGGAUGUAUAUAUAUAUAUUUUUUUUUUUUGUAUUUGUGUGUAUUUAAAUUGUUUUUAUGUCUGCAAUUUUCUGUGCAGUGCCAGUACUUGGCCACAUAAUAUUAACAUGCAAGGAAUUUAUUUUAACUUAUACUUUUACUACUACUUCUGUUUUACACUGUAGUUGAUGUCCGGACCAUGCAUGCACCAUGGUCCUUUUUUUCCUCCUUUUUUUGACUCCAAUGUGGAAUGCAUGGAAAAUGGCUCUCAAACACAGCAAGACAGCCAGAAACUCCAGAAGCUUGUUUAAGUCAAAAUGCAUUUAUUUAUCUCAGCCUUUUUGUCAUUAUGUUCCAAUAUUUUGAUUACUGUAUUGUGCAUUUUGUAUUUUUAAUGUAGGUCAAUAUGGUUGCUGGCUGCCUUUCUGAGUUUGAUAGUUGCUCCUGUCCUUGCCACUCUAUUCAUGUUAUACUCUACCGAAGCACAGUAUAUCUGACCACACGGCUGGUGCCGUCCAUCAUUCACCAUGCAUGAUUCACUAAUGCUUGAUCAUUACCUAAUGUACCAUACGUUCUUCAUGAGUCACCUUGAAGUCGAGGUGGUGGGAUUGCUGAAACUGUUGAAGCAUGAGUACACUGUUACAUUUGCUAACCGACUAUUAUAUUGUGAAUUGCAAACAUCAGAAAGUCCUGGAUGAGAGAAAGAGAUCUAUGUUCUAAUGCAGAUUCCAAAUAACCAGCACUCCGUAUGUGUCACAGAGCAUGUUUAAUGAAAUCGCUUAAUUAGCAUGGAUUUCAUAAUUAAGCCUGUGAUUUAACUAAAUGGUUGGCAUGCACAUAGUGUUUGGGCCUGCAACAUAUUGGGGUGUGUAAAUCUCGAGUCCUUCAUGGUCUAUUCUAUGAAUGAGUGACCUGUCCUUUGGAGGCAUUAUUUUCUUUGUGACCUCCUGUUCUGUUCCAGUAUGCUACAUCAGGCCGGUGCGGGUAUUGUAAUGCCACACACUAAGGAAAAGCCAGCAAAAAAGUUACACUCCUUGACCACAGAUCACCUUUUACCCUGCUAGACCAGCAGUGAAAAUAGGAUAUGAGUCCAUUUGGGCCUCCUAAGACUCUGGGACCCAGUCACAACUUAAUACCCACAAUUCCUAUUAAACUAGGGAAACACCUGCAGUAUUGUUGCCAGUGAGGACUUGUGUUUAAUUGGCAUUUUUUUAUUUUAUGUUUCUAUCUUUAGUAGGUGAAAAAUGUAAACAGCAGCUCUAAGUGCACAAGUCACCUAGUUAAGAACAGCAACAUGCAAAAACAAGUCUACUACUAGUAAAGGGUUUAUAAACAUACUUCUCAUACAGGGCCGGCCUUGGGGAUGUGCGAGCUGUGCACCCGCACAGGGCACAAUGGACCAGGGGGCACCAUGUGGCUGACACAGCUCGCACAUGGCCGGGUGACAGGAGGGCAGGGGAGCUAAAACAGGUACCCGGAUGGAGGAUUCCAUUAUUCUCCACCCUGGUCUAUAAAUAUUUUUUUUUUUUUAAUUGAGGGAGCAGGGCUUUCUGAGCAGUGUGGGCCUGGGUAAUACCUACCCAAAGCCCCUGGUAACUGCUGCAUAGGAAGAGGGAAGAAGAAAGGAGUCCCUGCUUCACCAACAACACUCCCCCUUCCAGCCAUAAUUCAAAGAGGUAAGUAUGUGUGACUGUUUACCUGUGUGUGUGACUGGCUGUGUGCGUGUGACUGCCUGCCUGUGUGUGUGUGACUGUCAUUGUGACUACCUGCCUGUGUGUGACUGUCUGUGUGACUACCUGCCUGUGUGCGCGACUGCCUGCCUGUGUGUGUCGCUGUAGCUGUGCCGUUGUGUGUGACUGCCUGUGUGUGUGUGUGUGUGUGUGACUGCCUGUGUGUGUGUGUGUAACUGCCUGUGUGUGUGUAACUGCCUGUGUGUGUGUGACUGCCUGUGUGUGUGACUGUGUGUGUGACUGUGUGUGUGUGUGUGACUGCCUGCCUGUGUGUGUGUGACUGCCUGCCUGUGUGUGUGUGACUGCCUGUGUGUGUGUGUGUGACUGCCUGCCUGUGUGUGUGUGACUCUGUGUGACUGCCUGUGUGUGUGUGACUGCCUGUGUGCGUGUGACUGCUUGCCUGUGUGUGUCGCAGUAGCUGUGCCGUUGUGUGUGUGUGUGACUGCCUGCCUGUGUGUGUCGCUGUAGCUGUGCCGUUGUGUGUGACUAACUGCCUUUAACUGUGUGUGUGUGUACCUAUCAGCAUGCGUGAGUGUCUGCAUGCCUGUAAUAGAGUGUGUAUGACUGUCUGCUUGUAAUGGAGUAUUUGUGACUGUGUGCAUAUAACGGUGUGUGUGACUGUAACUGUUUGUGAUUGUGUGCCUGUAACUGUGUGUUUGGCUCUGUGACUGUCUGCCUGUAACUGAGCAUGUCUGACUGUGUGACUGUGUGUGUCUUGUAGCAGGCUGGCCAGGUCUUGGGUCGUAAAUACCAGUAACCGUUCUUUCUUCAAAUAUAAGGAAAGCUUUAUUUAGCAAGCUGGCCCCAAUUGAGCCACCGCAAAACAUGAAACCAAAAUAACUCCUACUCCACACUGGAGACUAACUAACAUAGAGUACCCUUUCUGUGCUACUGGGCAGCUAAGCUGACCCCAGUAGUUUAACAAAUAAAAAUAAAGGCUUGCAAAAUACUUUUCUUUUAUUUAUUUUUCACACAGUUUCAGCAUUCUCUUUGACUCACAGUCUCUCUGUCUCCACCCCAGCUCUUCACAGGAGAGACUGAUUUCCCUCUGCAUAGGGUUUAUGUAGCUCCCUAAUUGAUGUACUAGAGCAACCUGAGUUUUAACCCCUCUCUAGUCAGGGAACACUGAAAGUGCCAUUCUUGGACUAAUAUAGCAGUGUUCCCUCACAAUGCCACAGACUGUUCUCAUAUAUCAUAAAAACCUCCUUUUGUUGCAAAAUAAUAUUAGCAUCCUAACUUCUGCCAUAAACCUUAAUAUUUUGCCGAAAAAAUUAACUAGUUGGUUUAAACAGUACAUUUUUAAUCGGCAGUUGAGACAUAUUCACAUUGGAAGCAGUUGCGUAUGUUAGUGUCAAGAAUUACAAAAUACAGAUUAAGGAACAGCACACACACAAAAAAAUACAGUUUUACAUUUUAUAACACUACUCAAAAUCGCCUAUUUUGGCAAACAAAUAUGGUGAUACAGUUGAUUUUCCCAGUAAUAUGGCCAUAUUGUGUUAAGCCCACCACUAUGUCUCAGUACAUCAAUAUCGGUGUGUCCUACACUACUAAUAUUAACAUGAGAGAUUAACGUGCUUCCAGAGACUCUCCUCAAUUUAUAUUUGCCUGUAGACACGUCCAUUGUUACAUCCUCCGAUUGGUCAGAUUUGUGCUACUGUAGUAAAAAAAAAAAAAAAAAUCACAAAAAGUUUGUUGGAAAAAAAUGUUAAUUUAGGUGAAAACCGCAUCUUUUAGUUACUCUGCCCCAAUGUCAGCUUGCCCAAAUGCAAUUCUGUUUCAUAUGUGUGUAUAUACGGUGAAAUAAAAAUGACUGCAUGUUUCUGUUUUGGUCCUGUCUGUGUGAUGCAUUGGGCAGUUGACUGUUCUUUGAAAUGUGUGUGUUAUAGUACCAAACAUGCCAGGGUACUUGGAUAUAAUAUCCUACCUCCCAACAUUUCAAAUGGACCAAGAGGGGACAUUUUAAUUUUGGAGUGUGAGUGGGGAUGUGGUCACGGGCGGGGCAGUUCUGAGAAAUUUUAGAUGACUUAGUAAUAACAAUUUAUGCAGCUGAAACUUAAUGUAGAACAAGAACAAUGUAUCUUAUAAACAUAGACUGAUUUCUAAAAUAAUUUAUUGUAGUUUAAGGAAACAUCACUGUUAGUAUUAUUGAUGUGACGCUGUUAUUUACUCACACACCAACAAUAUAGAGCACUUAGAAAAGAUGGACUGAGAAAUUUUGCUCAAAAUAGGGAUUAUCCGUCCUAAAUAAGAACACUUGGGAGGCAUGUAAUAGUGGAAUAGCCAGGUUCAGACAGUCAGCCAUUCUAAUACAGUGUGAAUUCAAGGUUAAAUACCACGAUGAUGAUGUAUAUAAUUGGCAACACAUCAAAUACAAAAUAAGUAUUUUACUUCUAUUGAUGGUCUACUGCAUAAUUGAAAACCAUUGUUUUUUAUUGACAUUGUAAUCAUUAAAGUAAGCUAGCAGCAGUAAUCUGUUCUUUUCUAAUAUCCUUUUAUUUUGAUUAACAAAAGUCCUUCCUGUAUUCAGACCAAAGCAUUUUCUGCGUUGUGGUACAGGAGUUAAAGCAAAACCAAGACCAGAUCAAAUUUAGAAGUCGAACCACAAUUAGAAAGUAAUACAUUAAAAAACUGUGUUCUCCAGGUAGUAAAUAUUCUAAUUAAAGUUGGUAGAGGAAAUACAAAGCAAGUGUUAAAACAAGUAAUGGCUAUUAAAAGUGGGAGAGAGAGAAAUAAAUGACAUUAUAUAUCUGCAGUCACUAUAGUCCGUGACAACUACUCUCCCUAGUAAUGUGGGUUGCUGACCUCACCUGCCACACGGCUCCAACACAUGAACUCUGUGAUGCUGGCAUUUGAUAUUUGGAUAUGUCUAGGGCUGCCUUAUCGAGGGCAUUUACCAAGAUCCAUGAACAACAAAAUUGCAUACAUGGUGGUUGGAAAUAGUGCUGCAGGUUGGGUGCACACGGGACUAGGAAUGUAUAAAUAUUACUUACAUGCCACUCAGAUAAUCAUUGGCCAAACAAGGUAUGAGUGGUGAGUGAGCAAAAUAAUUUAAAAAAAUGCCUUGGGCCAACUUGCAUUAAACGUGUCUUGAAUAUACUGUAGUCUUUAUCUAUGUAUAUGGACAGAAGUAGUGCAGUGAGUUUUUUUGUUUGUUUUUAAUUUAAUUAAAGAUUUUAUUUUCAGGAUCUUGUUAUGUAACCGAUCAGGUUUAUACUAGCCUUGUAGUACUCUUCAGAGGGCGAGUUUCUUUAUCCCUGAUUAGAAAUCAAGGCCUAGGUGUCCUCUGAGUUCAGAAACUGGAACAGAAUAACCGGAUUCUCAAUCCCAGAAAACCGUAACCAUAUAGUACCGCAUGUCAGCUAACUGGGAGUAUGAGACGCAAGGCACGUAGUUUCUCUGUUCAAAUGAUUCUACACUAUGAAUAAGCGCUGUCUGUGUGGCUGCAUGCUCUGUUCACUAAACGCAUUGGAGUUUCCCUCUGGUUGUUACACCACCUUCAUGUUUCUUGUUUGUUUGAUUUUUUUUCUGGAACUAAUCUCAAUAUAUACCAUCUUUGUUUAUAGAGAAUUCAAUUUUAAUAGCCAAUUAUAUCUUUCCGAUAUCCAGUUUAUUGGACUGUACUCAAGCAUGUAUUGAAAAGAACUCAAUAUUACUGUGUGAUGAAUUACUUUGUAAUUGUUUAUGGAAUCAAAGAAAAAAAAUGAUAGCAAAUCAGAUCAAUUGUUUUAAUAGAAGUUCAUAAGUUCACCUGAAAAAGACAUCUAUACAACAAACAUCUACUGCAAAUUAACCCGCUUUUUCUUUUCCAGCCAUUUUUUUUAUUUAUUUUUUUAUUUUAUUUUUUAAGAAUAGUAAUUGAGAAAUAAAUGUUCAAUAUAUAGAUACAUAUUCUAAAAAUCAAGUCCCAUAUUACUAGCCAGGCCUUAAAAUGCAUUCACCAAUGCAAGCCUGGAGGUUCCACUACACGCUUGAAAGAAGUGAAUUUUUGCGAGUCAUCGCAAGUGUAUAUAUCUAUUAUACAGAUCUAUAUCUUAAAGAAAGCCCAGCAUUAGGACUGAAACACCAACAUAUUGUAUUGCACUAUUCCUGCCCAGUUGAGCAGACUUUAAAAUGUGAAGAAUGCCCUUUUUUUAAAUCUCACUUUUUAUUUUAUUUUUCUUACAUAGUUUAUUUACAGGAGUUAGAGAGAAUUUACAAAGGAAUUUAAAAUUCUAAUUCACAAUAGGGAAACCUGUCCAACUCUUGCUAUUUUGGAGUAAAAUUUGCAAUUCCCUUGUCUGUUCCCAGUUUAGUGAGCCGCUUAAUUUUCAUGUCAAAAGUCCUCAAUGAUGUGUCAACCAGUAAAUAUAUACUUGGCCCAAAAUAUCACAUUUUAAUAAAUGCCACCAGCUGUUUUUUUUGUUUGGUGUUUUUUUUUGUGACAUGAACAGCAGUCCCUAGCUGUUAUACAAAAUGGCAAGUAGGGAUCGUUGCAAUUAUAUUUAGGGCGUGAUGAGUUUUAAUAUUUUGCCAUCAUCCGAAAUGACAAAUUAUUCAUGAAAAUGGCAGAAGGACAAAAAGCAUUGAUGGCAUUUUUUGCCAAAUGAAAUCCAAUGUACCAUCCCCAUUGCUGAAAUCUAUGCCAGCUUGGAAGUUUCAAUUUGUUGCUUGUUAUUUUUGUUGUAUAUUUGCAAAUUUCUGUAAUUUGAACUGUUCAGUAUCCUUUGUUUUGCUUGCUUUCACUGUUAUUGCUUGUAAUCAUUUUUUCCUGCUGUUCAUAUGGUUGAUUCUUAACCCACAUAUUCCAAUUUUUUAUUUUAUUUUAUUUUUUUUUGUAUAUAUUUUUCUCGCCCCCUGUCUUGCUUUCCUGGAAUCCUCUCCCGCUGGAUGACUGCAGGUGACUGGAGUAUCUUCUCUAGUCUGCCUCUUGGGCUUUAUAUAGUGAGUAGCAUGGUAAUGUUAAUCAGCGCAAAGUACAUUGCAGGUCAGUUAAUUCUUUUAUUUAGCAUUUAUGACAGUCUCUCUGCUUUUACAUAAAUGUGUUUUUAAUGGCAAUUUAUAUAAUUAGACUUCUUUUUUUUUUUUCUUCAAUCAUUUUAACUGUAUAAAACUAGCAUUUCAUUCUGAGAACAUUUUUGGUUGCAUUUUGCACUUGGCAGUUUUUGGGGAUAUAUAUAUAUAUAUAUAUAUAUAUAUAUAUAUCUUGGUAGGACAAUUGUUCUGAUCUUAUCUGUAACAAAAAUUGCAGACUAUAUUUUCCACAUGUGAAGAAAGAUGUUUGGCUAAAGUACCAAAUUUGUCACUUGAGGGUGCUGUUCUACAGAGUACGGUCUGAUCUAAAAUGCAUUCAAAUGGUGAUGUCAUUAAGUACAACAUUCCGUGGUGCAGAAAUACAAUUUAGUUCUUUUAUGGCAGUCAGGUGCUGGGUAAUGCUAUAAUCAGGUUUGCAAGUUGUCCUUCACAUUCAAUUUACUUCUAAUGGAAACUCCAAGUUCUCUGUGGGCAAACAGGGCAUAUUAAUUACUAUUAUCUUUACAAAUGUAGGGAUGGAUAAUUACUAAUUAAGCCAAACCAAAAUUCUUAAUUGAAUUGUUUUUCGUUCUAAAGUGACCUCAGGGCUUUCUGGUCCAGUUGCCAUGGUCUGCCCCUUUAUAGUAGUGGUAGCGGUACAUGAAGACCUGUGCAUCGUGUUUGCGCACAAUUUUUUUUUCCUCUCCCGUUUGAUGCAUUUUAGAUAAGCAAGUUUAGAGUUUCUCCAAAAAUGGAAACUGUCUGGCCUUAUGGGGGCUGGUCUGUAAUGCUGUCCGAUUUCAGCAUGCAGAAGGGAGUGUUACUACCUGGGAUUUGUGACCGAAGUAAUGUAGAUUGAAGGAAAUUGCCUCAGAAAGUCUAUUUGGGACUCAAGGCCCUAAAGUACUAAGGUGCAUUAUAUCGAUGGUUGCAUUUCUAUAUAAUCUACUUAUUUUUCAGAAUAUUAGUAUGUUUAUGCACCAUAGCAUUGUCACCAAUAACUCUGCAAAUGGCUCUUACAGAGGCGGUUACUUUAACCCCUUAAGGACGGAGCCAAAUGUACACGUUGUGAACUAAACAAAAUGUAAACAAAACCUGGCAUUUGCGCUACACGUCUGUCCAACCGUAAUACACCUCUUUCAUAGUAAAUGCACCCACCCUUAUUAUAUAUCAUUUUAUUCAGGGGAAACAGGGCUUUCAUUUAAUAUCAAAUAUUUAGCUAUGAAACAUAAUUUAAUAUGAAAAAAAUGGGAGAAAAUACGAUUUUUUAAAAAAUUUUUAGUUCUACAUGACAUUUUAACGGUCAAUGUCAUAAUACUGUUUGCUUUUACUGCAAUAAAAUACACAUAUUUGUAUUCAGUAAAGUCUCACGUGUAAGACAGUACCCCCUAUGUACAGGUUUUAUGGCGUUUUGGGAAGUUACAGGGUCAAAUAUUGCACGUUACAUUUAAAAUUGAAAUUCGCCAGAUUGGUUACGUUGCCUUUGGGACUUUAUAGUAGCCCAGGAAUGAAAUUUACACCCAUAAUGGCAUACCAUUUGCCAUAGUAGACAACCCAAGGUAUUGCAAAUGGGGUAUGUCCAGUCUUUUUUAGUGGCCAAAGUUAGCGUUAGUAUUUGUUUGUGUGAAAAAUGCAAAAGAACCCCGCCAAUUUUGGCCAGUGUUUGUGACUAAGUGGCUACUAAAAAAGACUGGACAUACCCUGUUUGCAAUACCUUGGGUUGUCUACUAUUGCAAAUGGUAUGCCAUCAUAGGGGUAAUUUUCAUUCUUGGGCUACCAUAAGGUCUCAAAGGCAACGUAACCAAUCUGGCGAAUUUUAAUGUGAAAAAAAUGAAACGCAAGCCUUAUAUUUGACGCUGUAACUUUUGAAAACACCAUAAAACCUGUACAUGAGGGGUACAGUUGUACUCGGGAGACUUCGCUGAACACAAAUAUUUGUGUUUUCAAAACAGUAAAAAGUAUCACAGCAAUAAUAUCGUCCGUGUAAGUGCUGUUUGUGCAUGAAAAAUGCAAAAAACGUCACUUUUACUGGCGAUAUCAUCGUUGUAAUACAUUUUACUGUUUUGAAACACUAAUAUUUGUGUUCAGCGAAGUCUCUCGAGUAGAACAGUAUCCCCCAUGUACAGGUUUUAUCGUGUCUUAGAAUGUUAUAGGGUUAAAUAUAUUGCUAGCCAAUUAAAUUCCCUUUACUUUCGGCAUGGGUUGUCAGGCAGGUCCCUCUAAUUGUAAUUAAUUAAGAUACCUAAUAAUGUAAAAAUAUUACAUAAAUAUAUAUGUAGAAUUAAUAUAUGUAUAUAUAUAUAUAUAUAUAUAUACGUAUGUGAAUCUAUAUGUGUAUAUCUAUAUAUAAUUUUUUUUAAAUAUUUUUAUUUAUAUAUAGGUAUAUAUAUAGUGAUAUAUACGUAUAUAUUUAGUAUGUAGAUAUAUAUAUUAUUUCGUUCUACGUGUAUUUUGAUAUAAAUAUAUAUAUUAUCACAAUACAGUUAGAACGAAAUAACACACAUCUAUAUAUUUAAUUAUUUUUUUAAUUAUUUUUUUAAUUUUAUUUUUUAACUUAUUUACAUAUUUUUUUUUUAUAUUAUAUUUAUAUAUAUAUAUAUAUAUUUAAUCAGUAUCAGUCUACGUGUAAUUUGAUAUAUAUAUAUAUAUAUAAUAUAUAUAUAUAUAUAUAUAUAUAAUUUUUUUUUUACACUAAUACAUUUUAUUUUAAUUUUAUUUUCAGCCAGCAGGGGGACCACCUGUCAUUACAGGCAGCCCCCCUGCUGGCAAUGAAGGAGGCAGCCUACCUGGCUAUGUGAUUGUGGGGUCCUCGCAAGGACCUCACUCUCACAUGGCCGGGGGUCACCGGAGGAGGAGGAUCUACCGUGGGGGGGCUCCCUGGGAGUCCCCCCCACCACGAUUGCCAGCGUGGGACCGCCGGCGACCAGGUAAGUAGGCAAAAACCGGAGGACGUACAAUUACGCCCGGCGGCGUUUAGAGCCGCCUAAAAUAGAGCGUAAUUGUACGCCCUCCGGUCAGAAGGGGUUAAAAGCAUGAGCACUGUCAGUAUUCAAACAAUUUGAAGACUUAUUGAUGUCUGGUUUUGUAAUUAAUUCAGAAUAAGACUACCUAACGUUUAUCUAUCUAUCUAUCUACAUCUCAUACUCUUCUACAAGAUCCAGCGCACACACUCACUAAACACCAACUUUAAAGCUCACAUAAUUUAAGUUUUUUUGUUUUGUUUUGUUUUUAAACACCUAACUUAAGCAAAAUUGGGGGUUUAGUUACAUUAUAUGAUCAUUAUUAUUAUUGUUAUUAUUUAUAUAGCGCCAACAAAUUCCGUAACGCUUAACAGUGGGUGGACGAACAGACAUAUAGUUGUAACCAGACAAGUUGGACACACAGGAACAGAGGGGUUGAGGGCCCUGCUCAAUGAGCUUACAUGCUAGAGGGAGUGGGGUAAAAUGACACAAAAAGGUAAGGAUAGUAUUAGACUAGUGACAGUUGCAAGAGAGGAAUCAGUCGGGAGCUAUUAACAGUUUAAUGGAUACGCUUUUAUGAAGAAGUGGGUUUUUAAUGAUUUUUUGAAGGAGUGGAGACUGGGUGAGCAUCUAAUGGAGGAGGGAAGUGAGUUCCACAGGAACGGUGCAGCCCUAGAGAAGCCUUAAAGGCGAGCAUCAGAGGUGGGAGUAUGGACAGAAGAUAGACGUAAUUCUUCAGCAAGGCAUAAAUUACUGUUAUAUCAUGUGAAAUAUUUGAUAAUGUGGCAUUUUUAGAAAUAAACCUGUUUUGCCAAGUAAUUAUGUAAAAAAAACUUAUUUUAUGGGAAAAUCAAAAAAAGGGAAAAAAGUUGCCUUAAUUGACAUGGUUGAAGAUAAAUGUCUUCAUGUAAUUUAUUAUUAUUAAAUCAGUUGCAAUGGUAGGUUUCUCUGUUUAUACCACAGGCAAGAGACUCAUCGAUGUAAUCGCUAACAUGGACACGCUGUGCACCAUGUAGGGCCAGUAAUGCAUGACCACAACCACUUUUGUCAUUUUUUUUGUAAUACCUUUUUCCAGUUUAUGUUCAGUUUUAUUACAAUAUAGUUUUUUCUGUCUGUCUCUCAUAUCUACUGUGGAUGGACUCAUAAGUUUUUGAUUAGAAAACCAUAUAAUCUUACAUAAAUGUAUGUCUGACAUAAUUAGGAUAGAAGUUAAAACAAUUAUAUUAUUUCAGCACUUGCUCUUAGAUGGCCAGAUUUCAUUUCAAAGGGAAGAAACUUAAAUGUAAAUAAAAAUAAACACAUUCUCUGCAACAUUAUGUUUACAGUAUCUAAGUGUCAAUGCUUUGUAAUGGGCUUGAUUCGCGAAGUCAGCCUUCAUGCUACUAACAAACUUGGCGGCGUGAGGACCCAGUCACAACCCCUGUUGCAAGACCACAGCCAGGAAGGAUUAUGAGAUGCUACCUCUUCCUAGGUGCUGCAUGCACACCUCCGGCUCCGUGCUGUCCCAGCUCCUUCAGUGUCUGUGUGUGUGUAGCUUGACAGGCAGUGGUACAGAUCACUAUCUAUCUGCCCCCAGCAGCCUCUCACACAGGAAAUACCUUGCAGGAGGAGCAUUACUAAAUACUGUAUAUACUGGAGCACAUUGAGUGAUGCACUCUGUAUAACAGCUUCUGCAGUUCUAAAAUCAGUCCUAGCAGCAUGACUUGACUAGAGAAGACAAAAGGGUCAGUAUUUUGCAACUAACAUUUCUAACUCAACAUGCCCAAAACCUAAGCAAACCUUUUACUUUCUCCAAAUGUAAGCACUCAAAGACUAAAUCUAGAAAAAAUGCCUCAAUCCUAGGUUUAAAUCCUCUUAACUAUUGUUAUUUACUAAAGUGAGAGUUUAGAGUGAAUUAAAAUAUAAGACCAGAGAAGCUGAAAUUAGAGCAUAUAUGCCUUUGAGAUUUUUUCCAGUUUGGCUAUUUUGACUUUAAACUUGAAUGUAAUUUAAAUUUUCACUUUAGAGAAUAAACAUGUGUGCCCCAAUACUAAAAUUAUUCCUAAACCCAAUAAUCUUAAGCACCCCUUAUACCACAAGUGUAAUCCAUCCCAAGCGUUUAAGAAUCUUGACACUAAAUAUGUUAUGUAAUGGAAAAAUAGGAUGUUUAGCCCUCUCAAAGUUUAACUCCAGCCCCUUCACCCUAACCACUAAAAUGAAUGAAAGGGAUCCUAAAGUGCCAGGAAACAAAGCCUUUUUCCUGGCACUGUGGGUUUGAAAGAUCCCCCUCAGCCACCCCUUCUUCAGGUAAAAAUCCCUUCAGCCACUUACCUGAAGCACUUGGUCAGUCUCCACCCAUGCUUCUCCCCUGCUGACAUCAGCCGGCAGGGAGACCUAAUGCGCAUGCACCGCAAUGGCCGCGCAUGCUUUAGAUUUCUCCAUAGGAAAGCAUUAUUACAUGCUUUCAUAUGGGGAAAAUCUGGCGCUGGAGGUCCUCUUGCAUCAGAUUAUGGACCAAAGGUCCGCUUUGGUUCCGGAAUUACCCCAAGUUGCUGUCUGGUAGACAGCCACUGUGGGCAGACUUAGAGCUGCAAUGUAAACAUUGCAGUUCUCUGGAACCUCAGUGCUUACAUUGCAGCACUAAAUGCAAUAGGGACACAGCACCCAGACCACUUCAAUGAGCUGAAGUGGUCGGGAUGCCUACAGUGUCCCUUUAAUAUCAUCUUUACACUAAAUGCAGUUACACAGCUGCAUAUGCACAGACUGAAACCUAAUACAUUACCAGCAGACACAUGCACAUACAUUUUAAGUUGUUGUAUAUGUUUAAAUGGUGUUUUGUGUUUAGAUGUUUUCAUGUCUGCAAUGUUUGGUUAAAGGAACACUAUAAUGUUAAAACUGUCUUUACUCAUUUUUAGGCCUAAGUGUGUGUUGGUUCAUUUAAAUUUCAGGGCCAUCUUUUUUAUAUUUAAAAAAGAAAAAAAAAAGUUACAUGUAAAAUAACCUUUUACUCACCUGUAAUCCAGUACAGUCUUUUUAUGCUCAUUCUCCUAUGCUAAUGUCAUCCGACUUGAUUACAUUUUUCCAAUAAAAUGCUUCUCACAGAGAAGCACUGAAUGUUCAACAUUCUUAUGCGAUGUAUUGAUAGCAUUGAAUGUCAAGAAUGAGUUUUAGCUGUUUCUGUACACUGGAGCACAAUCUAAUGGGUGUUCGGGUGAAAGUCACUAGAAGUGUGUUUAGCCAUGCAAUGUAAACAUGUUUUUUACAUUGUGGGAGUGAAUCGGCAGGAUCACUGCACCAAAAUCAUUUCAUCAAGAUUUUAACGCAUUUAUCAAAUUAACACAAUGUCUUUUGGGGGGGGGGGGGAGAACCAGGGACCCUUAGAAUCUGUGUACAGGCAACUAACAUGAACAUCCAGGGCUGCCUAGAACCAAGUUGUUUCAGAGGGCUUUACAUGAGGUCAAUACUGCCAUGUUUGUCCACAGAUAAUGUCGUUGCUAUCAGUCAUUUAUGUGACAUUUCGUCAUUAGUUGUGUUUUGUUUUUUUAUGGAAAUGUUCUCAUUUAGUAAAUUCAAGAUGGAAGCUGUGGAAUUUUUCAAUUUACAUCUUUUUUCUGCUUGCUAGCAUGAGAGAACCUGCACAAGUUAUUCACAAGGUGUAUAGCUUUGCAUCUCAGAUAUGUUGUGGAGAGUCAAAUUAUGUUUGCAAAUAAUUGUACUUAUGAUGAGCAUCUAAAACUUAUUUUAAAAUCAAUAUUUUUCACUAGACAUAUGUUAAUUUCCUCUUAGAUUAGAACCUUUCUUUAUAAGAUAAAUGGAAAAUUCUUCUUAGAUUCUUCAUAUUUACUUAAAUUCUUCAUAUUCAGUUAAAGAAACGCUAUAGGGUCAGGAACACAAACCUCUAUUCCUGACCCUAUAGUGUUAAAAACCCUAUUGGGGCUCCCCUUGACCUCCUAAAUAUAGUAAAAUAUUGCCUUUAUUCCUCUGGCUCUGCCCCUAACUGCCUCAUUGCUUGGCAUCAUCAGAAGUUCUAUUAUCAGCCAAUCAAAAUACUUUCCCAUAGGUAAGCAUUGGAUUGGCUGAGCUUGUCAAUUUUGAUGCUCUCCACCAAGGAGGGAGGCUGGAGAGGGGAACAUUGAAUCAAUACAUCUGAGUAAAGUUCAGUGUUUCCAUGCAGCACUGCCCCAGGAAGCACAUCCUGUGGCCACUGGAGGUGUCUCUAGGUUUUAAUGUAAACACUGUGUUUUCUCUGAAAAGACAGUGUUUACUGGAAAAUGCCUGCAGGGCCAGUCUAAACUCACCAGAAGAGCUACAUUAAGCAAUAGUUGUUCUGGUGACUAUAUUGUCCCUUUAAGAUAUGUCUUACAUUUGAAUAUUACAUUGUCUACUUGUGAUCUAUAUAAAUGUAUACCAUUGAGAAUAUUCUUUGAAACUAACUUAAUAUUUUUUUCUUUUUUAUAUAUACAUUUUCUUUUAGGUGGGAAAUAGCUAUUCCAUUGUCUACUCUUUCCUAUUGGUUAAUGGUUGUUUUGGAAUUCUUCGUUUGCCACUAUGAAAAUGGGAUUUUGUGCUACUGAGUAAAAUUGCCAAACUUGAAACAUAGGACUAUAGGAAUCUAGUCCUCCAAUUACAGCUGCUACAUCUGUGUUUGCAGUUAGAGGAACGUUCAACUUGUUUCUUAACGUUUUUAUGGACACAGUAUUGUAGCCAGUCACAGGAUAAUUCUAAAUCACUCUGAUGAAAAUGUAGAGAAUUCUAACUGCAGUGAUUUUUCACUAGAUGUCUUAUGGGGAUUCAUUUGCACUUGAAGGUUCUUAAUCAAAUCCUCAGGGUCAUUGACCUUUUCGGACAUUAGACUAGGAAAAUAAUUGUACAGAUAUUUUUGAAGAUACUGUAAUAUUUUGAAUGUUAAUUUAAAUUAACUCGUUAGACUAAACUAAUUAUAAUUGGAAUUUAAGAAAUGGGAAAAUGGUGAUUUAUUAUUUUAAAUCAUUCAUUUUAAAUUUAUAUUGUGUUUUGUUUUUUUGGCAAAAGGUGGUAUGUGUGUGCUUGUAUGUAUAAUACAUUGUGUGUAUGUGUAUAUAAAUAAUAUGCAUACAUAUAUGCCCGCAUUUUCUAACAUAUAAUUAGGCCAAAUGUGGUUAAGUAGUUAUUGCCAGGGGAGUAGCAGUUCCAAACAUUUUAGAUCAGUGGUUCCCAAACCAUCUUCACGACCCACCAACAGUCCAGGUUUUGUCAUUAUCUCUAUUGUAAUAAAAAAAAGGGAAAUAAAUAAAUCCUGGAUUGUUGGUGGGACGUGAGUACUGGUUUGAGAACCACAGUUUUAGAUCAUUUCAUAACCUGUACAUAGACAUCACAUACUAUUGUAUUUUAUUUACACACACUAAUUUUUGAAUGCCUUUAAAUUAAAUUGUUGAGCUUUUUGAUUUAAUUAUACACAUCAAUAUUCCUGAGCUCUGGAGAAAGUAGGACACUAAGGUGGCAAACAGGAACACUAGGAUAGAUAAGUAGGACCGAAGGAUGAUAUGUCCACCUACUUCCUAAAGGUACACUUGAUAGUUAUACAUGCCUGAAUCAUACACUUGUUUAAUUGUACAAAUGUAUGAAGGGGGCAUAAUUUUAUUGCUUUUGUAAAAUGCAAUAAAAAUACCUUCAUAAUAUAAAUUUUACUGUUUUCUGAGCACGGGUGAUUUUAAAAACAUUCACUCAGGUAUUUAUGGUGGUGUAUCUGAUCUGUGCUAAUGCACUUAGACACCACUGGUUUAACUAUAGAGCUGCAAUAGAGAUUCUAUUGUGGGGGUAUCACAAGUGCUCUUGGCACUUCCUUUGCAAAUGUCAAUGGUGGGAACUAGAGUUUAAAGUGUUUAAGAUUCUUGUUUGUACAGCCUAUAGACUAUGUUGGGUCUUUUAUAAAUAAUAUAUUUCUUCAAAGUGUGUCUGCCCUCCUAUUAAUGUUGUCGAGUGGAUGUCGCAAUGUUCUGGUUGCAUGUUUACCAUAAGGUACCAAAAAUAAUGAAAUGGUUUGGUCACACGAUCUGUAAUGAAGGGAUACAUGACCAACACAAAGUAAAGGUUUAAAGUAUUGUGGUUAGGGGCCUUGUUGUGUUGUAUUGUUUUUGGAGCUGUAUUCCAUGUGCUUACCAAGAGACACAGAAAAUGGUAGAACCAGAGCUGUUGCUUGUUAAAAUAAAAUGGGUAAAGUAAGGUCUCGGACUAUGCUCUGAUCAGAGUUAUCUAAAGAAUUUACAAGUAGAGCAUGUCUGAAAAGAGGACGCACUGGAAUAUUCAUUCAUAUUAAGAGUGGAUGUAGUGCCCAUAAAGAUCGUAAAUUGGAUGGACUGAAAUGAAAAGAUCUUUAUGGGCCCUUUCUAAAUCUCAAGUUUGGAGGACCCAACCCUCUUUGUAAUAAUACAGGUUGGAUAUCAUUACAGUGACACAAUUGUCUGUAUUGGCAUUUAAAAUAAAAAUUUUCUCUUAGAGCAUUGUUUAUGAUGACAGGCACCACUACAGAGCAGGGUCCACUUCUGCAUCCAGUGCUGCAAGAAAGCUCAGGUACAGCAAUUCACCUUAUGGAGUAGGCUAAAGGUUAAUGAGGACUUGGUGACAGGGGAUACCUGCCUUCAAGAGUUAAAGUUCAUCAGACUCAUUCAAGCAUUUGCUGGUUCUUAAGACGACCUAGCCACAAAAUAAUUCUCUCAGAAACACACCUUUACUUAACUGGGCUGCUGUUUUGAAAGAUGGCUGUCUUUAAAAAUAUUCUCUGCAAUCAUUAUUUAUCUGUUAUGUCUUUUGGAUUAAUGGCAAUAAAUAUAUUUGUUAAAUAUG